CGCAAGUCUCUUUUCAGCUAUGUAACUAUGGAGCUCCUACAAGAGUGACACUAUGAUAGAAAAUGGGGACAGAGGGAUAUGGGCUAAAUACAGGGAGUGUUCCUCUCAGACUGUAUAGAUUCAGUUACAAGCUACACUAUGGGGCUUAAAUUCCUGUUAACUAUGUGCCAUAAAAACCAGAAGCCAAAAUGUGUUUUCCUGGAGGGCUUCCUCUCUACUUCCGGGUGUAGCAGCAUGUCGGCGCCCUUGAUGCCAUGCCUCCUUAGGCACAAUAUCGGGUUAUCCCAGCAGCUCGGGCUACCUGCUGUAGAAGGCACCGGGCUCACCCAGUGAAGGUGGGUACAGCAGUGCAGACCCCACGGUUUCCUUUCUUCCAAGAAACAGCUCGUGACGUCAUAUGAGCGCGCCUUCUGCAGGUCGCAUGAGGUUGUUUUUGUAGAGAAGGAAGACAGAGAGCAUUAUUCUCCUUUAUCCAACUGCUGCAUGUCGGUAAGCCUUCACUGUGAGCGUGUCAUUGAUGGCUGUGCAUGCUGUCAGACAGAUUGUUGGAAGGAAGAGACAUUCUAACAGCACAGUCUGGAAAUCACAUCCCUUGCUUGUUUAUCUCAGUCCAUCUCAGUGUGCCAAGGAGCUUGCAAUCUAUCCACAAAUAUGUAGUCACCUUGGCUUUUUAGAGUUGUUUUGGUUUAUAGCAAAGUUAAUGUGAAGCCGUUUUUUUUAGGCUCUGGAUAUUUGUGAACCUCUGAAUUUCAAUGUACACCUCUCAUAAGGCACAUCCCAAAGUAAUAAUGCGGUUAGAAUUAAUCAAUGAACAGAUUAUUAGGUAUUAUAUAUUAUAUUGUAUUAACUGUACUCUAGCUCAGCAGCAGUUAUCCCUAAUAUUAAAAUGAUAGGGAGUAUUUUAUUAGUUGAAGAAACUGAAAUACAUAGAACAACCCAGGUUUAAUAACCAGUGCCCCUUCUUUGUGAGACAAUACUCCAUAUACAUGUGUUGGAUGUUCCUGUGGUAUCACAUGCAAGUGUUAUGGCUUCUGUGUAUUAUCUUAGAUAAUAAGCAGAAUCGUUGAUACUGACUUAUUAAUGAUCCAUAUAGCAAUUUAUAUACGUACACAUGCUAGCAAUUUGACUGGCACAGUCCAUGGUUUACAUGACAUUUUCUUAGGGGACCAUGUGGUCUAUUAAUUCCUGAAUAACUGUUUCAGUUAAAAUGUAGUAUAGAGGAGAAUUUUCAUGUAUUGUGUUUGGGUCUGUCAGCCAGGUCAAAGGUUUUGGAACUAGACUACAGUGAAGACUGCUUUCAAAUUUAACAUCUGGUGCUGAUGAUUUACGUACACAGAACAUUUAUUGCAGUAUAUGGAAAUCUGUAUUUACAGACAGCAAUGUACAACAAUUAGAUCUGUGCUGGACCGCAGUUUUUUGUAUUGUGUGUGUGUGUGUGUGUGUGGUUACGUUCACACGCCUCUGCAUUUUACUUUAUAAUGCAUUUUCUUAAUUGAGUAAAUAAAUGUUUAACGUUCUAUGAUAGAUAUUUAAUUCUCUGCACAAAAUACAACAGAUUAGGCAUGCUUGUUUGAAAUUAUUUGUUGAUGUAGUAAUGUGGCAAGUUAACACUUUAUUUUUUUCUUUAUCCCUGCUUUUUUUCCCCCGGUUAUAAUGUCUCCUUUUAUGCAUGGAACUUAAAUAAUAACGAAGUGCAUGCAACAUGUUCCCAAAGUGGCGAUGUGGCACAUUUACAUAAUGCAAUGUAUCUUUAGAUUAAUUGUUACACAGAAUGCAUGUUGAUGGUUUAAUAGGGAAUUUAAACAAUAUUCUAGCAGUUAAUGAACAAAAAGAGGAAGGAGAAUGUCUGUGAAGGGUUGAACUGUUUUGCAAAGUAUUAAUUCUGAAUAGUUUUAUAUAUUUUUUUGCUUUUCAAAAGGAUCAAGUGAUUUUUGCUUCUCCGUAUAAGAUCAGGAUAAUUACGUUAUUGGAAAUAAUUCUGAGAAUGUGAAUUGACUGCAUUUUAUUUUUAUUUUUUUUAUAUCACAGUGAGUAACGAUUGUUGUGCACUGAUGGCAGCAUACGAGGGCAGCUUUGAAAGCGUAAGGAACAUUGAAGAGAAGAGAGAAAGAACAAAGAAAGCACGAGAACAGCUGCUGAGCAAGGUGUGUUUGAAAAGGGGAAAAAAAGAUAAACCCAGGUUAAUUGGUUGUCAUUGCAUGUGGGCAAUAUAAAUCCAAAUAGUCAUUUUCUAGAGGAUGCAAUAUUGAGCUGUCACAAAUUGGAUGUUUGCCUGUAAUAUAAAUAUAUUUAGCUAUAAUGCUGUGCUUGAUGAAUCCACAUUCAUGUUUUGGGAAUAUCUUUAGGCUAAAGAUGAAUUUGAGAAGGCAGAGCGAAGGAAAGAGCAGAGACGUCUAAGAGGGGAGGACACAUGGAUGCUCAAUGAUGUCAAUGAACGUUUAGAAGAAUUGAACCAGGUAACAAGUCUGACGGAACGCCGUCACUGAGUGCCAUAUCCCCAUGUGCCCGCUGUCUGUUUCUGUGGGGGAAAGGGGGUAUGUGAUGGAUGGCCUGAUUUGUUUGGUGCGGGCCACAAGCUUACGGUGCCAUUUUUGGGACUGUUUUACAUGUGCCUGUAUAUGCAGCUAAGUUGAGAGGAACAUAAUAGAACUAGGAAUACAAUCCUACAUUCCGAACACUACAGUGCCCCUGUCCCUAGUUCUAUAUAGAUUUCCCCUCCCCCCUUUUUCCAAUGACUGUAAUAAAACAGAGCUUUUUACUCACCUUUUUAUAGUGCUGCUCACCUCUUUGCCUCCCACAAUGUCAUCGAGGAUGCAUUGAAUCCAUUGCUUUCCUAUGAGCUUCUUAGUCACACAGUUUUCCUUGGCCUGUGCAAUAAAAGCCCCUCUAGUGGCUCUCAGGAAGGGACACUCUUUAGGUGGAUUUAACCCUUUAGUGUAAACAUUGCAGUUUCUACAAAACUGCAAUAUUUUACAUUGCGGGGUUAAAAUGAAAGGGCCACUGAUCCCAAUCACAUCAUUCAGAUGAAGUGGCCUGCAUGACUUUAGAGGUUCUUUAAAUUGAAUUAACUUAUAUCUCUGAGAUACUGCACCUGGAACCAUUACCACUAAGCUAUCUCACAUCAUGCAUUUUUCUUCAUAUCCUCCUUUUGUCCAUUUGGUACUUUUAUUAUUCAGUCCAUAGCAUUUUACUAGAUAAUGUAGAAGCUCAACCCUUUAUGAGACAUAGACAAUAGAUUUCACAUCCUGCUGGGAUACAGACAUUUUAAAUGCAGUUAUUGAUCAAUUUGUGCGUGAACACGUUCUGUUUACCUAUGGUGACAAACAAAAAUGACCAUAACCAUCGCAAAAUCUGUCAAUCUGUAACUGUUCUCUCUGCUGUUCUAGAAUUCGGAAAAGAAAAAGAAAAAAGACAAAACCCAUAAAAAGGCAAAGAAAGAAAAAAAGAAAAAACACAAGAAAGAAAAAUCAGAAAAUAACGCAAGCUCCAGCGAUAAUUCCCAGGUAUGCAGCUUAAAAGGUGUUACGGGACAGAACAUUAUGUUGCAAAGCAAAACCUUCUAUUGCAAUUUAAUUAAAAACACCCAUAAAAAUAUAUUGGACUACUGAACUACAAUAUUUGUCAGCAGCGGAGAGCACAAAAGUGUUAGGAUAACUGUGACAUAUUUAUUGUCCGUGGAGAGUGCUAUAACAAGGAUUACCAUGAUACGAUAUUUAUUGUCUGGAGAGCACUAUAAUGUUACUAUGUUAUAUUUAUUGUCAAUGGAGAGCGCUAUAAUGUUAGAAUUACUAUGCUAUAUUUAUUGUUAGUGGAUAGUGCUAUAAUGUUAGGAUUAUUAUUAUUUAUAAACUGCCAACAUAUUCCACUGCACUGUGCAAUAUGUGGACUAGCAAAUAUUUAAGAAGAGCUGGAUGCACAUGAACAGAGGAUGUUGAGGGCUCUGCUCAAAUGAGCUUACAUUCUAGUGGGAGUGGGGUAAUCGCGAAAGAGGUAAGAGUACAAUGUAGGUCGGUAGAAUAGUUUGCAAUGAAGGUUUUUCUUUUUUUUUUUUUUUUUAAUGAUACAGUUUUCGAUGAUACAGGAAGCAAGGUGUGGGGAGGAAAAGCUUUUAACAGUGGGUGAGAGUCUAAAAGAGCAGGGAAUGGCAUUCCAUUGGAAGAUGGGUAUCAGAGGCGCGAGUACAAACAGAAAAUAGAUGCAGAGCAUAGGGGCCUCAAAUGGGCAUACUUUUGUAUUAGUGCGGCUGGGUAGGUAGGAGAAGCGUUAUGUAGAGAUUUAUAAGCAAGCACCAGGAUUUUAAAUUGACCCCUAACUAUUUCUGGAAGCCAGUAUAAGUACUGUCGGAGUGGGAAGCAUGGUAGGUGCGGGCGGAAAGGUGGAUGAGCCUCGCUGCCGCGUUCAUUCUAGACUGUAACGAUGCCAACUGGGAACGUGUAAGACCAUUGAGAUGCAGAUUGCAUUAGUCAAGGCAAGAGAUGAUAGUGGCAUGAACCAGCACCUUUGCCGCAUACGGCGUUAAAUAGGGGCACAUGCAAACUAUGUUUUUGAAAUGGAAGCGGCAGGAUUUGGCGAGUGAGUGGACAUAAGUGUUGAAGGAGAGGUGGGAGUCAGUGAGAGCACCUAGUUAGCAAGGUAGAACGGAUGGUAGUGCAAUUGACUUGGAGGGAGACAGACACGGGAGUAGCAACACUUGAGGGAAAAAAAAAAAGUUCUGUUUUGGACAAGUUAUGUUUAAGAAUAUGAGCAGCUGUCCAGUUAGAAAUAGUAGAGAGGAAGUCAGAGGAAUCAGGAUGAGAUCUGGAGAGGACAGAUUGCAAUUUUGAGCAUGCCUCUCAGCCAGGGGCAUUUCUCCAGCCUGCCCCAUCCCAGCUCAGUUUCAGGCCAGUCCACUUAUGAUAGAAACAAGGCAUCAUUGUGCAGCAGGAGAUAAAAAUCUGCAUGUUCUCACUGAUCAGAAUCCCUCUCUUCUCACCCUGUCAAAAUGUUCAUGGGGAAGAGAUCUUAUAACUGCCCAUGUGUACAUCUGUCAGGAAUGCCCAAUGCAUAUUUCCCAUAUUCCUAGGGAUAGGACACCAAUUGGCUAGAUCGGUGUUCCCCUUGGCGUGGGUGUGGAAAGCGUAUGCCAACAUUUAAAAAAACAAACACACAAACAACAGUUUUUUCAGCUUGCAGAGCUAGAGCUUUUGAAUGAGACAGUUGUCUCAAAUUGGUGCAUGUCUCUUUAAUUAUGUAAGAUUCAUAGAUUAUCAAACUAAAACUCAGACUAUUUUCUCGACAGGGCACGUGUUCUGCAGUUUUGCCAAUUCACAGAUAAAUUGCGUUGCAAUGAUUUGAGUUGUCAUUUUUGUUUGUAUACACUUACUUUUUUUCGAGUAUCUUCCUGCAUGCUUGUGUACAUCUGGCUGCUUUUUUUUUAAAUUUUAUUUAUUUAUUUUAUUUUAAAUGUUGUGGUAAAAACUAUUGCAGUCAUGCUAGGUUUUGGCGUUAUAACGCUUGUGGACUAGGUUUUCUAUAGGACAUACAGUCCUAUUAAUAGUGUGUAUUGUUGCAGGACUCUGAGGAUGAAUGGGUCGAGGCAAACUCUUGCCCAUCUGCCAGCACAGACAAGGCUUGGAAAAUCAAGAAUGAAGAUGCCACAAGAGAGAGUGAUUCUGUUAAGGUGAGGUUAAAAUAAUUUCUUCCAUUGAUUUUCAAUAUUUUUAUAUUGUGAUGUUAUGUUUUUGUCUCCACCAUAAAGUACGCCUUUUUUUUUUUUUUUAAAUCAAUUGGUAACAUUUUGAAAAUGUGGAACAUUCAUUACACCAAAAAAUGAUCUAUUUGUUCAAACUGCAAGUUAAACACAUAAAUAAAUGUUACAUAGAGACAAAGUAUAACAGGCCCCCACAGUUCUUCAUAAAAGCAAACAUAAACCUACCACAAUGGAGUGUAGAAAUGUUUAAACAAAGCAGACCCUCCAGAGAUACACAAUAUUUUUGACUGACAAUCCUUUUUCAAGAGCUAUCCCUUUAGAGAAAAAGAAAUGUCAUCACAAGUAUUUAUGUCCUGUAUUAAUAUGUUGUUCAAGGAACUAUUUUUAUAAUGUCAUGAGUGCCUUAGCAAUUUUAUCUUUUUACACUUUUUAUAAAAGUUUGAAUAAAUGUAUGGUUCUGUUGAGCAUGGACGUGUCUCUGAGUGCUCUUGAUGAAUAGAUACAUUUAUUGAAAACAAAGCAAUAAUUACUAUAUUGGAGAGUUACCCGUUGAUGUGUUUUUAGACAUAGACUUUGUCGUUGUGACCGUGUGUGAGGGAUGUUGGCCAUCACCACAUGAAAUCUACAUAUAUGGCCAAGAUUUGGAAAUUUCUUAACAAUAUCUGUUCUUCAGUAGAAAAAGCUAAAAGCCGCAAAAGUCUAAAGCCAGUAAGCUUUUAGUCUGGACAUAUGGCCAUAGGAACACUUAAAGACACGAACACACUUAGACUGAUGUCUAUCAGUCAACUUGAUAUUCCCCCCCAUUCCUAAAGGUUGCCCCCUUACGCUCUAUCAAAUCAGUGACAUCUGUCAGGAAGGCAGAAAUGGUUCUUGUGGAUAAAGAUAUUAAGUUCAGGCAGGGACAUAUGAUGUUGGUACAGUUUACAACAAUUUUGCGCUUACAACCCACUCUGAUCAUACCGACCUGAAAAUGAUUAUUUCAUGUUUGUGCUUGACAAAUCUAUGUCAAGAUAUAUUUUGUAUUGAAGGGGAUUUUUACUUUUGGAGAAAUAAAGGUAUAUGUUCACAACACCAGUUCUGCUGUCAGGAAAUAGAAUUUUUAAACGUGUGUCAACCACUGAUUGUCACAUUGUCCAUUCCAGAGUGCAUUGUAUCAUUGCAAAAUAAUUUAACAGAGAGCAGUAGCUAUGCAUAGUACAUGUGUAAAAUGGAGAAGCAUUGUACCAAUCCCAUUUUGAUCCACACUGCAUUGUAAGCACAGUACAGACUUCCUUACGCUGAAGUGGUCUGCGUGCCUAUAGAGUCAUUUUGGCUAUGAGAGUCAUUUUGGCUACCUUGAUUGUGGCUGGACUCCCAGUUUAUCAUCAAUCUAGAAAUAACUGUAUAAAAAGGGACACUUCCCAAUCUAAUUUCACAACCUUCGUAAUUACAUCCUGCAUGGCUGUCCUGUCAAAAUCUCUAAAAUCAUUCUGCAUGCAUCACGGCUAUGGCUGCGUUCAUAACUCCGCCAUGAAAAGAGAUCUUGAUAAAAUGUUAUUCAUUUGCUUUUCUGAAAUGCAAAGUAAAAUCACUGCUUACUAAGAAGGUGGAUGCCUAUUUUUAGUCUGCCAUAAAGAAACGGGAUGAUUCCGUGGACAGAAUAGUCAAAAACAUGUGCAGUGGGAGAACAAAUUAUGGGGAUUAAAUAUUUAGCUUUUUCCAGCUUUUAUAUUUUAGACUACUUUGUGCAAUUUUUUGUUUUUAAUUGUUUCACAUUUUUUAUCACAUUUCCACUUUUCCUUUUAUUUCUUUGGUUAUAUUGAAAUAAAACAUUAUGUUGAUGUGCUUUUGUUAUUGUACAAUCCAGACAGAAGUCUCUCCUUUUUUGUAGUAUAAACUAACUGACACAUUGUUCCACUAAAUUACUUGUAAACUUUUUUUUUGUUCCACCAAAUCAAAUAAUAAAAGGGGAUUGUGUAGAUAUUGAAAUUACAGGUUGUUUAAUAAAACUGUGACUUUUUAGGAAUUCACAAGGAAAUUUCAAAUUUCAGGCCAAAUUGGGUCAAUUCUCAAAGUCAGGUAUAUUUAUAGUUUUGCUAUUUUUUGCACACCCCAAAUUAAUUCCUGGUAAGUUACUGCUCAGUAAAUAACCAGUUUAAGUUGGAUCCCAGUGAAAUCUUUUAAUUGUAGUUUUUGUUCCUCCUCUUACCAAGAUGUUACUUGUUUGACGUAUUGGUUAUUACUGUGCCAUGUAGGCAGGGGAACAAUGGCCCAGUAGUGAUCAGUUUUUAGUCCUAGUUUUGGCUAAUUCAUCUCGCACGUGGCUCCUUUCCUUUGGAACAUCCUUCCUACCACGAUCAGACACUCCCCUAGUCUUCAAUACUUUAAGAAGUGCCUCAAAACCCAUCUCUUUAGGAAACCUUAUGGCCUCCCAGGAAUAACUUCUACCUCACAUACCUGUCCCUUGCUCUCUCCUAAAGGGCAGCACUCUACUCUCUCCUCCAGCCCUGCCUCACUCCCACCUUGUUUGGUUGCUACCUCCUGUCCUGUUGGGUUUUACGCCCCACCUCCUCUAUACUGUAAGCUUGUUUGAGCAGGGUCCUCUUCAUCCUAUUGUUUCUGUAGGUUUUUGUAAUUCUCAUUUAUUGUUAAAUAUCCCUCUCAAUACGGAUUUUAUAUGCGCUAUUUAAAUGCCAAUAAUAAUAAUUCUUUAAUUUGAGUUAAUUCUGUUCUGACUGAUCCUUAUUUCUGCUCUACAAUUUGUCUCUAUAUUGUUCUGAUGCUGUUUUAGUCAGUGUUUUAACUGCUAUUUAUUUUGUCUGUACAUCUGUUUUGUGCACUUAUAUUUGAGUAUGUAUACAUUUUGCUUUUUGCAGCACGCCGCUUGGUACGUGUCUAUUUCUGCCAGCUGAAAGACACAUCUGUUAGCUUACUUCCUUAUGCAAAGUUAUGCAUAUCCACCACAUAUGAUUCUCAACGGCAUACAAAAUAUUUGUUCCUUGUAUUUUUUUUUUUUUAUUUCUUCAUUUGAUCAUGUUUAUCCUGAUUAUGACCUGAUUCAAUCUUUUCUUUGUGUUUAAAUUGGUAGCCAGUUUUCUGCGUCUUUUUGUUAUCAUAAUGGACAGUACUUAGAAGUGAUAUAAUAAAGGAGCUCAGCGUGCUCAUCAAUCACAGUGGUAUAUCUCAUUGGAUCAAGAAGCUAUUAUCUUAGUAAUUAAAAUGUAUAUCCCUUUAUACGUCAAGUUUUUGCAAGUAUUUUUUCCAACUGCUGUUUCAACUUCUGUAUAGACUUCAGUCAGAGAAUUCCACAUCCUUAUUGUUCUUACUGUAAAAAAACCCUUUCCUUUGCUUAAGACUAAAUUUAUUUUCUUCCGGUAUAAAUGCGUGACCUCUUGUCCUAUCUAUAGUCAUAUUUAUGAAUAUGUUACAGUGGUUUGUAUUAACAUCUCUUCAUAACUAAAAUGCUCAAUUCUUUUCAUCAAUUUUGAAGUCCGCCUCUGCACUUUUUCUAGUGCCAUAAUAUCCUUCCAAAAUUGCACAGCAUAUUCAGGGUGUGGUGUUACCAGUGAUUCAUAAAGAGGCAAAAGUAUAUUUUCAUCCUGAGAAUUAAUGCCCCUAUUUAUACAUUACAAUACCAUACUGGCAUUAGCAACUGCCAGUUGACAUUGCAUAAUGUUGCCUAGUUUGUCUAUAAUAAUUCCCAAAUCCUUCUCAUUUGUUGUUAUCCCUAAUUCACUACUGUAACAAAAUACUGUAUUUCAUUAUCCAAGUUAAUUCCCCUGUGUUUGGUAGACAAGUCUACCAAACACUGACCACCCCCUGGCUCAUUAAACUUCAACGAAACCACAGACUUAAGUGCUCUCCCUCUGUGGCCACCGUUCGUAUCUCCGAACAACAUGUGCUGGAGAAAACAAUGGCCAUUUUGUCGCACUAACACAGGCAGCAGGACUUGAUCGUUACGAACAACGGUGUUUUUACCCGAAUGCCUGCUUCUUUUCCCGACAAGACAGGAGAGCGAUGUUCGGUAGGAUUGUUUGCACAAACUAGACGAACAAUCGCUACCUAUGAGCCAGGGGAACUGUUCGACAUUUCAUUCGUUUCUGAACUCCCGAAAGUGACCGACCACUACCACACUUUCUCUGGAACCAAUUUGGGCAGAUGCCAUGUGUGCAGUCAAUCAAAACUUUACCCCAGUGGCGAUUUGGCUGUGUUCGUGAAAUCUGAGAACUAUUUGGACAAGUUGGGCACUCAAAUCUAGACUAUCCAAGGAUAUAAUGCUUGUGCGGGUUCAGAUAUGUUAUGUGUAUUUUUAAUAUUUUAUGUUUUAUACUUUGUAACUCUAGUGCCUGGGAGAUAAUUAGUUUAAGCAAAGUACACUAAAUUAUCUCCCAGGCACAGAGACUCCGGUGCAUGUUGUGGGAGUGUUUUGGGUGUGUUUUACCAUGUCUUUGCUUGAGACCCCAUGCUGGGGGUCUGUGUAUAUAAGUUGGCCAUUGGCUGGAAUAAAACAUUACAAUUGUACCCUUCAUCAAGUCUUGACUGAUGUUUGGGUAUGGGAACGGUGAACCGAUUGAUUUUUCCCACAACCUUAGGAUUUCUGGUGAGUCCGAAUCAGCGUACUAUGCGAACGGGCUAUAAUCACUUAAGCCUCUAGCAUUUCGGCAGUAUACGAAUGAACAGAGUAUACGAUAUACAAAGAAUUUGUUACAACUACCAUUUAGGGUGUAACUUGCUUCUGCAUUCAUUACCCCAAAGUGCAUAACUACAUUUUUCCACAUUAAAUUUCAUCUCCCCUUUGAGUGCCCAAUCCCUCAAUCUAUCUAAAUUCCUCUGCAGCAAAGCAAUAUUCUUCUCACAUUGUAUUACUUUACAGAAUUUUGUGUCAUUUGCAAACACUGCUUUCAAUGUCUAUUUCAAGAUCAUUUAUAAAUAUGUUAAAUAGAAGCGGUCUCAGAACAGAACCCUGAGGGACACCAUUUUCCACUGUUGUCCAGCUUGAAAAUUUUCCAUUUAUGACAACUCUCUGUGCUCUAUUUUUAAGCCAUUGUUCUACUACAGGACAAGAAUUUUCAUUUACACCACAUUCUUUUAGUUUGAACACUUACCUAUUAUGAGUAAUUGUAUCAAACGCCUUGGCAAAAUCAAAAUAGAUCACAGCCACUGCAACACCCUGAUCUAUACUUCUACUUACUUCAUUGUAGAAUGCAAUUAGGUUAGCUUGACUUGACUUAUGUUUCACAAAACCUUGACUUAUGUUUCACUAACAUUUCUCCUGAAUAUUAUCCAUUAAUAACCUUUCAAAUACUUUUCCAGCCACAGAAGUUAAGUAAUUGUCGGUGAAUACUGCCAGGACCUGGAGCUUUGUUUACAUUAAUGUUCUUUAGCUGCUGUAGCACCUUGUUUUGAGUCAUCCAAUCACAAUUUUUCUGCAAGUUUUUUGCAGCAAUCAUAUGCAUAUCUCUUACCAUAGGGCCCUCUUUAAUAUAUACUGAGGAAAAAUAGUUAUAUAAAAUGUCAGCCUUUUCCUGUGUCUCAGAUCCUUCGUAUCCAUGUGGCAAAAAUGGAGAUAAUUACCUUCCGAAGAUCAAGGGGAGUGCCGCUCGGCGGUCUUCUGCCAUGAUGCCUGGCUUGUGUGGCAUGUCGGUGCACGCCAGCCGCUGCAGACCCACGCAAUUAUAUAGCCCUAAGUCCGUCCACGGUAAAGACAACAUCGACGUGCUGGUGACGUUACGCAAAAGACGCACAUGCACAUUUUGGGGUCAAGGACUAGGUACAGCCAAAGAGGGUUAUUUAAACUCCCUUGUUCCUUACCUCAUUGCCCUGUCGUGGUUUCCCUUAGAUGGAUCAUGCCUCUCCAACCCUUCCGACCUUCUCCCAGGCUACUGAACAAGAGGUGGCUGCGCUUAUCCUUUCCUCUCGCCCCACCACCUGCCCACUUGAUCCUGCCCCAUCUCACCUUAUCAGAUCUCUCUCCUCUUGUCCUUUGCCCUAACACACAUCUUCAACUGCUCUCUUUCUUCUGGCACUGUUCCUGCUGUCCUUAAACAUGCUACUGUAGUACAUCUUAAAGAAACCAAGUCUCGACCCAUCCUCCCCUUCUAACUAUCGUCCUAUAUCACUGCUCCCUUUUUCCUCAAAGCUUCUUGAAAGACUAGUCUUGCCUGCUUCCUCAACUCCAACUCUCUCCUUGACCCUCUUGAGUCCGGCUUCUGCCCCCUCCACUCUACUGAGACUGCCCUUAUCAAAGUCACUAACGACAUUAUCAGAGCUACAUCCAAAGGUCAGUACUACAUACUAAUUCUUCUUGAACUGUCCACUGCUUUUGACACUGUUGAUCAUGUUCUCCUUCUGUAAACUCUUCAAGCACUCAGUCUCUGUGACUCUGUCUUCUCAUGGUUUUCCUCUUAUCUCUCCCAACGCUCAUUCAGUGUCUCCUUUUUCUAAUGAUACCUCCACCAUUCAUCCUGUCUCAGUUGGAGUCCCCCAAGGCUCUGUCCUUGGUCCCCUACCAUUUUAUCUUUACACUGCCUCUCUUGGCAAACUUAUUACCUCUUUCGGAUUCUAAUACCACCUGUACGCUGACGACACCCAGAUAUAUCUCUCCUCCCCGGUCCUCUCCCCUGAUGUCCUGCAACAUGUCACCUCUUUCUUCUAUCUCUGAUUGGAUGUCCUCCCGCUUUCUGAAACUGAAUCUUUCCAAAACAGAACUUCUUGUCUUUUCUCCUCCUAAUCUUUAUCUUCCUCUGUCGCUCUCCCUUCAGAUUGGUGGUAUUCACAUCAGCCCAUCCUUACAAGCACAUUGUUUUGGUGUUACUUUUGAUUCUGGCCUCGCCUUUGAGCCUCACAUCCGGUCUGUUGUCAAAUCAUGCCAUUUCCACCUCUAAAACAUCGCCCGCAUCCGCCCCUUUCUUACAUAAGAUGCUACUAGAGCUUGUCCAUGCUCUAGUAAUCUCUCGCAUGGACUAUUGUAACCCUCUCCUAAUUGGUCUUCCCAAUAGCCGUAUUGCCCUGCUACAGUCUGUAAUGAAUGCUGCCGCCAGAUUAAUUUUCCUCUCUAGUCGGUCCUCUCACACCUCACCCCUCUGUCAGUCCUUACAUUGGCUUCCUGUAUACUAUAGGAGUCAAUUCAAAGUGCUAACCCAUACCUUUUAAAGCACUGAAUAAUCUUAGCCCCUCUUAUAUAUCCUCACAGAUCCAUAGGUAUGCCCCUUCUCGGUCUCUCCUCUCUGCCUGACCACCUUCUGUCCGCUGCUCGCACCCGUACGGCCAAUUUGCGCUUGCAGGACUUCUCGCGGGCGGCUCCCUUCCGAUGGAAUUGCCUACCUACUGCCAUCAGACUGUCCCCUAGUCUUCAAUCAUUUAAGAUGGGCCUUAAGACCCAGUUCUUUAUGAAAGCCUAUGGCCUCCCAGACUAACCUCUACCUCACAUACCUGUCUUUUGCUCCCCCCUAAAGGGCAGCACUCUACUCUCUCCUCCAGCUCUGCUUCACUCCCACCUUAUUUGACUGCAAUUUCCUGUCCUAAUGUGUUUUUAUACCCCACCUCCUACAGACUGUAAACUCGUCUUCAACCUAUUGUUCCUGUAAGUUUUCUUGUAAUUGUCCUGUUUAUAGUUAAAUCCCCCCCUCUAAUAAUAUUGUAAAGCGCUACGGAAUCUGUUGGCGCUAUAUAAAUGGCAAUAAUAAUAAUGGUUAUCCGAGAGUGUGUUCCUGACCGUGUUUUUCAGUUUUUUGGCUUCGUUUUGCUACCCUUGACUUUUCCUUAUCGCUGUGUCUCGUUCUGUGUUCCUGACCUCGGCUAGUUUUCUGACUAUUCUCGGGUACGUUCCAAUGUCCGGCCAUUCUAAGGUCCGUUAACACGUUACCCUUAGUUCUAGGGUGUGAUACUAUUGUGCGUGCUGGGUCAAUAUAAUCCUGACAUCCUGGUCUUCAAAAACGAACACUCCCAUCUCUGUUUUUAGUGUACCUACACUUUAUUUAUUUUUUUUAUUUUUAUUUUUUGAAUUUUAUGUGCUUAGAAUUUUUUGGGGGGAUGCUUUUGCUUUUUGGCUAUGAAUUUCUCAUUUUCUAGUUUAGCCAUUCUAAUUGCCUUUUUGCAUGCAUUGUUGGCUUAUAACUUUUAUAUAGGAUGCAUCUAAUUUGUCUGAUUUAAAUGCUUUAAAUACCUUUUUUCAUUUUUUAUUUCUUGGUUUACUUUCCCACCAAGCCAUAUUGGUUUUAACUUGUUUAUUUUAUAUUUAUUAAUUCAUGGUACAUUCUGAGAAAUGUACCUAUCUAAUAUUUGUUUGAAGACCUUUUUUUCACUAGAGAGUUUAUGCUAGUCAAUAUGUCCUUUAUCUUAUUAAAAAAAAUUGGCCCUUUAAAAAUUGUUUUUUGUAUACCCCAUGAGCUUUUGCUUUUUUUCGAAUUUAUUUCAAAAGACGUUUUGUGAUUACUAUUUUCCAAGUGCUCCCCUACUUGAAUGUUGGUUAAAGGAAUCCUAUAGUGCCCCCCUCCCUCGCGACCCCUCUCCCGCAGGUUUGAAGGUGUUAAAACCCCUUUAGCCACUUACCUGAAUCCAGCGCCGGGUCCGGAUCAGACCCCGCCCACGCUCCUCCCCCGCCAAAGCCAACUGGCGGAGGAGACCUAAUCCGCAUGCGUGCGCAUUAGACCUCCCUACAGGAAAGCAUUAUUCAAUGCUUUCCUAUGGGGAAAAUCUGACGCUGGAGGUCUGUGAGGAUGUCCAGUGUCAGAUAAUGGACCAAAAGUGCAGCACUAAGUGCAAUAGGGAGACAGCACCCAGAUCACUUCAAUGAGCUGAAGUGGUCUGGGUGCUGCUCAUACAGACUCCAGGCACCAUGACCACUUUAAAUCAUCUGAAUCUGAAAUGGUCGUGGUGCUUGGAGAAAUCCUUUCAGUUCUUUAACCGCUUAAGGACCAAAUUUCUGGAAUAAAAGGGAAUCAUGACAUGUCACACAUGUCAUGUGUCCUUAAGGGGUUAAACUAGAUAUGCACCAUUUCCAGUUAAUUGUCUUUGUAGUAUGACACCUAUAUACUUUGUUAAAAAAAAACAAUGUUUCAGAGUCUUCCUACUAUCGAUUACGCUGUACAAGAAAAAUUACCAUCUUUCCUUCAUGACUUUGUAUUCGGAAUAAUAAGGAAAAACUCAUGUUGGGUGCAAUUUACAGCUGGGGGAUUUCACAUCUAGUGCAGCUUACACCACGUGAACUAUCUGCUAGUGACUCACCUGUCUCAUCUCUGAUUAGGAUCAAGUAUACCCUGGAUAGACCACAACAUUGGUACCAAGACCCAUGCUGCCCGUAGCUACACAGAUUUCCAUUUACCUGUUGACCCCAUUACUUAUGAUUUUAAAAAUGUUUAUAAAUGUAUGUGCAGUGAACUGACUGAAGGGUUUAAAUCUGUAUGUACAAAGUGAGCCUUUAAGAUGUUUAGACUGCAAGUCAUUUGUUUCGAAAUUGAAAAAAGAACAAAUUAAUUUCACACUGAGCCUGAAAUGGAAUUUUCAAACUUUUUAUUUAUUUUUAAUUUUUUAUUUUUUAUUAGCGGUGUCGGAAAGUAAUCUAACAGUGCUUUACCUAAUCCUAAUCCUUAGCCUACAACUUAAUAAAGGAUUUAGACAUAAUUUGUCUUUAAAGCAUCACUAAUUACAGGAGAAUGUGUAGGCUUAAUUCCCAUCUGUGUGAUGUAAAAAUAAUGCAAUAACAUCGAAAUCUUGUUAUGAAUUGCGCUCUAUUUAGAGCUUGCUCGUUUUGACCUUUCAGUCUGUUUUCACUUAGUGGUGGUUUAUUGUGAAUUAAAGCAAUUUGCUCUGUGUUCCUAUUCAGUAAGAAUCCACAGAUGUGUAUAGGCUGAGUAUUUCGAUUUUAUUCACUAAACAGUGAGUUGCCCCAAAUUUAUAGAGCUUGGUAUGACCAUUCUCCCCCCUCCCCCAAGUUCUAUUGAUAUGGUUGUUUUUUUUUUUUUCUAUGUCCAAUUAAAAACAAUAUUGGAGGUGUGGGUUAGCGCUACAUUGAUGUAUAAAGAUCACUCAAACAUUUUGAGAUUGCUUCUCACAAAACCAUCUGUUUCUGUGAACCAUGCCUCACAAAAAGAGCUUUUUUUAUAAGACUUUCGAUUUUUGAUCAACAGUAGUUGCACUGCCUAGAGCUGGAAAGGGUUGCAACGUUAUCGCUAUCUCAAAGGGCCAUCUAUAAAUUGUGCUAUUAGAAUGUACACUUUUUUUUUUUUUUUUGCUGUGCACAUUGCAAAAAUUACAAGCAGAUUUGUCAAGCCACGACAGCAAUAACAAGUAUGGCAAACAACAUAGUUAAACAAUUACGUGACAUGAAAAUGCUGCACAAUUUUCUGAUAGUAUUUUGUGAAGACGCUAAGCUACAUGUCUGAGCUCAAUAAUAAUAAUGGCGAACUAGAAAAUCAUCAGGCAUAGAUAGGCAUAGUAUGUACCACUGCAAAAGCCACAAGAUGGUAGGUUGUAACAGGAAGGAAUGCUUAUACGUCUGAGGUUUGCUACUGUGGGUUAUUAAAAUGAAAAACUAAAAACUUCAAGCUUGGGAGCUAGACCAAAUAAACCAGAUAGACAAUGUAAGCAUGUUAUGGUAAGAAACAAGAUAUAGCGAUGAUAUUUGAAGCAGGAGGCUCAUCUUGGCAGUCAGCCUAUCCCCAUUGUCGGUAUCCCACUGUCCCACAUAGCUGUGCGCUGCAGGCUGGAAUCUCAAGGUUUCAAUCGAGGGUCGUGCGUUAGCAGCUACUUCCCUCUCUACACACCAUCCGUCAGUGUAUUCCACUUGUUUGCCCUGAAGGCGUUCAGCGACGAUGCACGUCUGCACUUUGCCCUCCUCAAGACCAUCCGAUGCGGCCUCUGCUGCCUCCUACAUGUGGCCAGGUAUUACAUUUCCUGGUGGUCCAGUGGGAUUGUGCAGGCUGCCAGUGAAGAGGGGUCCCAGCAAAUAUAUAUGCAUACACACACACUGGGCAUUAGCAGUAUCGUGUGUACCCCUUGAUGGCGGCCAUAGGUGUGUUGCACUUUCAAAAGGAAAAUAGUUACAGAUGUCAUUCUGUUUUAAUACUGUGCUGACAAAAUCAAUGCGUGGCAAUCAUUGGGUAGGAGGUUCGGCUUAGUUAAGUGUUCCUGAGAAUAACUUAACAACCUGCAUGUCUCUUACGCUCUGUUUUAGCCAUUAGUAAAGUGCUAAGUUUUGCCGUACUGGCUUUGCCUUGCUGGUCUUAUGCUCGUAUUGGUUCUGCAGUAUUGAAAACCAUCCUAUUUAUCCAAUGAACUGGCCUAUACUGUGACUAAAUAGCCAGUAAAUAAACUUGAUUACAAUGAAUAAUCUUUAUUCCAAUGCUAUAUAACUAAUUUUUACAUGAUGUUCACGCACUGUUUCAAAUCUAGCUUCUGUCACUCUAAUCUGUUAGGCUUCAGCGUGUUUGUACAUCCUACUAAAUCUUUUUAUUCGUAGGACACGUUUUGCCUUCACUUUUGUUUUUGUCUUAUUUUUCUCUAAUGCUAACCCAACCCGUGUUUUCCAUUUUAGAGGGACGAGUGGAUGACCUUAGACUUUAUGUCUUUGAAGGCGACAUCGACUGCUGCCUUAAGAGCGGAGAAACAGAAAGAAAAAACACUGGAGCAUGAAAGAGCUGAAGCCGUAACAAAGGUGAGUGAGGCAGCCGACUGUAAGCUGUGCCGAGACUCUCUCCCGUGAAUUGCAAUUACUGCUUGUGGCUCGAUGGCCUUCCUUCCUUCCUUUGCUAUUGGAUUUUUGUUUAAAACAUCAGAUUCCAGUUUAACCUCCUAUCAGAAACAUGCCCAUUACGAGGAUUUUGUUAGACAAUGUUAGGUCUAAUUUGUUCUGUCUGUUUUCUAUUCUUCAUUUUUCCUUUAUUUUCAUACUAGAAUCUCCGUUAAUCAAAAGUGCAAUCCAGAUCUUAACUCCUUGCUCACUUGUUAAGUGAAGGUGUUGGCUGUACAUCUCUGAUGAGCUCCAUAAGAGACCAAAACUACUUCCUGGGGUUGCCACAAUAUGAAAUAGCACACUCCCAAACCCAAUAAGUAUUGAGAAUAGCAAAAAAUAUGAUUGGCUUAUAUGGUAAAGCUUCCCAAGAGGCCUUCCCCAAUAGCGCCACUUUAAAUAGAUAUUUGUAUAUACAGAUAUGGGAUACAGCUUAGGCACUAUAAAACGAAAGGAAGGGAACAGCACAUAGUGAUGUACAGUAAUGUAAAGUGACUCCGAUUGAGAUCCUUGUUCCUGUUCCUUGAGUGGUCAUUUAACAUACCAGAAAAGGAGAGUGGAUUAUCAUAGCCCAUUUCUGGUCUGCAAAGCACUGAAUUUUUUUACCUCUUUUGAGUGCAGUAAUUAGUCACUUGAGUCACUUUAAAUUACUGUACAUCAAGUGACUAAUGAUUGCACUCACAAGAAGUAAAAAAAAUGGGCUAUGAUAAUCCACUCUCCUUUUCUGGUAUGCCGUGUGAGAAAUGUGGCUGUGACAAGUUAGCCAUAUCCAAUAAACCUGGACUAUGUUUUAACAGACUGCUGCUUAGAACUUGUAUAUAGCAGCAAGAGGACAGCGUUCCAGCAAGCAGAGGAUAAUGGGAAUUGUUGGCUCUUUUGAUAUUAUUUGCAUAUAGGAUGUUGAGUAAACCGAUAAAGAGGCUGUAUUAGGAUACAGGAAACAUAUAUACAUGCAAACUACCACAUUCAAUUUUAUUGCCUUAGAUAGUGACAAUUCAAGCACAUUUCACUAAUUGAAUCUAGUAACUGAAAUAAAUGUUUAAUUAGGCUGUAUGUGGCAGUCCGCAGUAAAAAGAUCUAUCCUUUGUUCAUUUAUGUGUCUCAUAUUCUGAAUUCCCCAAUUACCGUUGAGUUAGUUACACCUAAAAUAUAAGAAGUUUGUGUGUCCUGUAUUCCAAAAAGUGCAAUGUAUUCUUAUCACUUAGAAAUAUUGUAAAAUCUGUUCUACCUUCCUAUUAUCUCUUGUGCCAAGGGAACCCGCCAGCAUUUAAUUUUUGGUCUGCCGUUAUGGGUAGUAUAAGUCUGAUAUGCAAAUUGUUCUCUUUGUAAUGGCCAAAUGCUCACUGUGCCUAGAGAGGUGUCCGCUACAUCACGCUAACGAGGCCCAAAGAAGGACGAAAUGAUCGUCUGGGGUUGCUGUAUUUCUCGUGUAGAGGGAACUUGCCAGCAUUUUAGUUCUUGACUGCCCUUAUGGGUAGGAUCAGUAUGAUGCCAGAAUGAGGACUAAACGAAGGACAAGCUACUGAGGUUCUCAAAGUCAUUUUACAUUCAGAGUUCUCGUAUUCUCUGUUUUUUUGUUUCCUUCCCAUUAUCUCCCUGCUGGGCACUUACUAUGUCAUCAAAGUCUUUGUAAGAUGAGAUGUAUCAUUUUAGUUAAUCAUAUCCCGUAUGAGUAAUCAUUCAUUUACUGGAAAAUUUCUUUUUAUCCCCCCCUCCUCUUGCUCUCCCAUUGCCUUAGAUAAGCAAAUGCAAAUUGAAGGCAUAUCUCAUCCCAUGCAUUUAUUUUUGAUGACCGCAAGAGGUUUCUGCUGUAAGCAAGGUUCCUCUCAAUUCAGCCUUUAAUAAAAACUGAUACCAUCCAGUUCCUUGUGCUUUUUAUACAUCUUCCUUUUUCUUUAUUUAGUUUUUGUGGUCUCACAUUUUACAAGUUAAAUAUCUCCCUUGCUGGGCAUUGAAGGAGCUGCGAAGAUGAAAAGAAUAUUCUGCUUCAGAUCUUAAUAUUCAUGCGGAUAAUUGUGUAAGAGGCAUCCUAAUCUCUACACAUACGGUGUUUGUUACUCCAUUAAUUCAGAUGAGCGGCAAUCAUAAUAUCCUUAUUUAUUGACUUGAAGCAGAAAUAAACCACAUUCUCCUGCUCACCCUAACCCCUUAUUGCAAUAGUUUGGAAUCUUGCGUCAUAGUAGAAAUUGUUUUAGUAUUUAUUUUCUGACGGUUUCUAUAAAGUAAUGCAGAAUAAAUAAUGACAUAAAAUGUGUCCUAAAAGAAUGGCUUAACAAAGUUUUAAAUCAUCAGAAUCUUAAACAUAAAAUUCAGUAAGGCAAACUCCAAAACACAGAAGAGGUCAUGGUGCUUGAAUUAACCCUUUAAAUGUCACUUUCAAAUGGACCGUGUCUUGGUAUUUUAUUUCAUUGGACAAAUGCUUUCAGUAAGUGAUCAUCCUUGUUUUAUUAUCAAUAAAGCAUAUGGCAUAGAAGGAACUACCAUUUCUCUUAUGGCGGUGGGGAGUCGUGGGGGCAGUCUACUUGGAGAGAUUCUUUCAAAUCACUGUAGUUAGACCAUUUGGACAGGGAUUCGAGGAGCAGGAUGCAGAGAAGUUAUGGUUCUUCUAGUGACCCUUUAACAAAUAAAUUCUGGACCUCCCUUAUUUUAUAUAUAUUAUUUUGAACAAAUAAAAGUCUGUUUUAUUUUUUUUUAGGAUGUCUGCAUUCUAAACUGCAUUUCAAAGAGUGGUUAGUCUAUGUGAAAAAAAUAAUGUUUGUUAUUUUAAAGCAGAUAACAAACGAAUACUAUAUAUGAAUAUUUAAAACUAAUAUGUGUUGACUUUCAUUUGACUUUGUAAUAGUACAUUACUGACAUCAUUAUCUGUGUUUCAGGAAAAAUUGCAAGCAAGGGAAUUAAACCCUUUCUGGAAGGACGGUGGUCAGGGACUUCCACCAGAAGAGGGCGAUGUGGCCUUAGUAAAAAAAGGUAAAAUCACUUUUUAGUACAGAUAAGGGUCUUCAUAUGGUGCUAAACAAUUUCUACUCUCCCAAACAGCAGCACACCUGGCUUUUAAUCUGAUCAAUUUUUAAAAUCUUAGUUGAAAGCGCCCACUGAUUGGGAGGGAGUGACCAUUCACAAACACUGUUCUACAUCGAGAAAAUCAGAUUGGCUGUCACAGUUAGCAAAUGCCAAACUGCAGUCCUUCUGUGACAAUCAUAAUUAGAACAUAUGUAAUAUUUUAAGCCGCUUGUGAUUUUUGAUUUGGGUUUUAGAUCAUGGUAUCUUGGUACAUUGCAAAUUUUCAAAGCAUGCUCACCUAUAAUGUACUGAGAAGAGAAAACAGGAUCGCUGUAAUUUAUUUGAGAUAAUUUAUAGUAAGUAUUUAUUUUAAUAUUCUUUAUUUUUGGGUUAAUGUGUUUUAAUUGGUGAUAUUGCCAUUAGCACGGAUGAUAUUGUUUUGUCUCUGUGAGCGAAAGGUUCCUUACAUGCGAUUAGCAGAACAUCUCUAGUGGGGUAUGUUAAAGAAUGGCAAAAGAAGAAAGCAAUAUGGCUGUUGGACUUUGGAAUGCCAUCAUAUUAUUAUUUAUUAUGCCACUGGAAGUGUGGACAUGAUGGAUGUAUUAUGCUACUUGGGUCAUUCAUUUACAGCAUUAUUUAGCUCUUUUUCCCUUUUUUCGUUUUUAUAAAUGAACUCUUGUACUCUGAAUUACCCUAAAAAUUUCCUAUUUUAGUUGUGUGUAGAUUUGUACAAAGUUUAAAUGCAUAUUGACUAUUUUCAUUUCGUUUUAUAAAUGGCACAGGAAAUUGAUCGAUUCUUACAUAUUUCAUUCUUGUCUUACUCCAGAACACUUAGCAUUGGAACUGGAGUUUAGCAAUUUGCUUUGCUUUUAUAAUUGUGAAUAUGAUUAAAAGAGUCCUGCUGUAGUUGUGUUUUCUUAAAAGGCGGUAGAAUAGGGAUGGGUAAGUGCUGCACAGCCGCAGUUUGUGAUUUACCUUUCCCCAGUUAGAUGGCUGACUGAGCAUUAUAAUAGUCUUCAGUUACAUGCAGUGCCAGGCUUAGUAGGACUAGGACAUGUACAACUCUUGGAACUCCUAGAACUGUCUGUGUGUGUCUAUUAUGCCUGAAUCUCCUGUAUAAUCACAGUAAAGUGUUUCUAGAUAAACAUUUAUCACGCAAUGAAUAUUAGAUUAUUAUUGGCAUUUAUAUAGCGCCAACAUAUUCUGCAGGGCUUUACACGUCUAGAAAGAGGAAUAUUUAGAGGUGAAGAAGGCUAGCUGCGGUCCAUAUUAUGUAAGCUCGGUCACUGGAGAACUUUAUUACAGAGCACAACAAUAUGCAGACUUCUGCGUAGUGAUUAUAGUGUUCUGCAUGGUGCAGUGGAGUUAUGAUUUUUAUUUUUUUUCCUUCCAUAACAGGGGAAGAUGGGACCUUACACUUCCCGUGACUUUUAAUAUUCGAUUUACUCAUUCCAUGUAUUUAGCAAAUAUAUAUUUCUGAUAAACACAUUUAAAUGUCCAUCUUUUAAUCUUAUACCUGGCGGCUUCCAUCUUGGCUCCCUGUGAAUCAUUCAUAUAAGCUCUUACUUUGCACCUGCCAGUCAGCAUAGAUGAAACCUAGGCAAAGAGGACAAAUGCAACAAUGUUUCUGUUUCUGCAUCUCAUAGCAAUAAGUGCCAUGGCUGUGCCUUGACUGAGCUGGAUUGUCAUGUCAUUUUGCUAAAUAUUUCAUAUAAAUUUAAACGCAAACAAUUCGGGGCAAUUUGCAAGGUUUCAUUCAAUAUUUUCCAGAGAAUGGACAGUUCCUCUUUAAAUUUCAAACAAAUGCAUACAUGGUGGUUAUUGUGUGGCCAUUACAGACUAUUGGACAAUUAGUUCUGUCUGAUUUAUUCAAGCAGUUUCACCUGCUGUAUCAAACCAUGUGCCAGAUAUCUUUUGUUCUAAUGCAAUAUUUCUCUGCCAUAUCGGCUUCUAGGGAUUUAUUCUAUCUGCAGAAAAGAUCCGGUGUCUUUUUCCCAUGUAAAAGCCUGGUGUUGUUGUAUCUGUCGCUCAGUUCGACCUGUACCUCAUUUCCCGAAGAGGGAGAGAAGAGUAGCUCUGCAGACUAGUUUGAGGGUUUCAAUGCAAUGUGUAAAGCGUUCUUGGAUUGACUGUUAUGUAUUUGUUUGUUAGCACUAUUUGCAUAUUUAAAGUGGCACUGUCGCCUAAAACAUGUUUUCAUAAAUCCUUUUAAAAUAAUAGUGCAGGCAGAUUAAAAUUAUUUUAAUUCGAGUACGUUUAGCUUGAAUAACUGUCUGAAGAAUUGCAUGGUUUUCAGGGAGGUAUUUUAUUGUGACACCUACUGUUUGGCAAAAUUAAAGGACCACUAUAGUGCCAGGAAAACAUACUCGUUUUCCUGGCACUAUAGUGCCCUGAGGGUGCCCCCACCCUCAGGGACCCCCUCCCACCCGGCUCUGGAAGGGGGAAAGGGGUAAAAACUUACCUUUUCCCAGCGCUGGGCGGAGAGCUCUCCUCCUCCGAUCCUCCUCUUCUCCUCCCAUGUGGCUGAAUGCGCACGCGCGGCAAGAGCUGCGCGCGCAUUCAGCCGGUCACAUAGGAAAGCAUUCAUAAUGCUUUCCUAUGGACGCUGGCGUGCUCUCACUGUGAAAAUCACAGGGAGAAGCACGCAAGCGCCUCUAGUGGCUGUCAAUGAGACAGCCACUAGAGGAUUAGGGGGAAGGCUUAACCCAUUCAUAAACAUAGCAAUUUCUCUGAAACUGCUAUGUUUAUGAAAAAAUGGGCUAACCCUAGCUGGACCUGGCACCCAGACCACUUCAUUAAGCUGAAGUGGUCUGGGUGCCUAGAGUGGUCCUUUAACAUUCUGAAAUAUCAAAAUUGGUUCAGAGAGGGAGUAUGUACUGUAUAUACUAGACUCACUAGGCUAUAUUUGUAAAUAUAUACAAUACGCUGCUAGCUGUGUGUGUGUGUGUGUGUGUGUGUCCCUUUUUUCAAUACGUCUCUCCCUAUUUUCUAGGAUCUUGAAAUCAGUGGUGUGCCUGAGUGUAUUACAGAGCUUGACAGCACUAAUAUUCACAGUAAUGUGUCUUUAAACUACAGUGAAUGCGUUCAAAAAUCAUUCUGUGUAAAUAAGAUACAUUGCUUUUGUUGUAAAUUGCAUUUAAGUUAAAUUGUUAUUAGUAAAUCACUUAACAUUUCUCAAGGAUUUGAGUGGGGUAUGUGUGGCCAGGGCCUAAAAUUAAAGUGUCCCUCUUGGUCCAUUUGAAAUGUUGGGAGAUAUAUGCUUGUGAUGUCAACAGGCAAGGUUAUCUGGGCACAGCCUAUCACUGUGGUCAAAACGUGGAUGAAAUUGAUAUUGCUAAUGCAUGGGGUUCAGGUUGUACAUGUCUCGGAGAACCCUGGUAUAAGUCAGACUACUAGAAAAUAGUUUGAACCUACUUGCACCAUAACAAAACCAAUGGUAUUUAGUUGUUGUGGUACAUAACCUGCCCUUCUAAGAAUGUAUUAUGGGUGGAAGGCUUGGCCAGAGAGGUGGCAGUGAAAUAUUGCAUAUUUGCAAAUAAGUGUCCUAAAAUGAAAUGAAUUUGAAGACAACCUCAAAAGCAAUGAUAAAAAUCAGAAGGAUUAUUUUAACAUUUAAAACAUUUUGGGCUUUUGCAUAUUCAGUAACUAGCCUUCUCAGAGAGUAAUAUGCAUGUUAUAAUAAUUUAAUAGUCCUUUUGCAAAAACCUUGAAAUUGCAUUCAUUUAUUAGUUAUGAUAACAGAUUGUACCCGGUUCGAGUGAUGGAAUAUGAUUAAAGCACGGAUGAGCGCCCUCUGUAUCUUGCCUAUUUCUGUGGGUUAUCGAGAAUAGUGUAACUUUCUGAUAUCUAGUAAAUAGACAUCACUGGCUUCUUAAUAAUGUCAUCCAUGAGAAUCUGCAAAUGGGCAAGUAGGAUCUGUAAAUGGAUUUUGAAAGAAAACCCAUUUUUGUAUGAGAACCAGAAGCAACAGAGACAGAUCCAGGUAUUUUGCUGUGAUUGUAUUGUUGUGUCUAUGGUGUGUUUGUGUGGUCACCGAUAAAUCAGUUUUGCUGAACAGAUAAAAAAAUGAAUGGAAGGUAUAGGGAGUUUUUAAAAUGAGAUAUGAUGAUAUAAACAGCAGGCUAUUUGUAAAGACAGAAAUACAUAAAGUUUAUGAUAAAUGCUUCAUGGACUUGCUGUAUAUGUGAUGCUGUUUUGUUUUUUUUCUAUCUGACAGCACAGUAAUUUUUGUCUCUACUUUUCCAGCUGUUCAUGUUGAAGACGGAGGCUUAAGUUGGUUAAGGAAAUCGUAUCAAAGAAUGAAGGAGCAGGCUGAACGACAAAACAGAAACUUCGAAGAUAUUGUAGCUGAAAGAUAUGGGGUAAAAGUGAAUUAGUACAAUUUGUUUUGCUCUACAUCAAGAAACAUUCUAGAGAAAGGUGCUUCACGUGUAGAUAAUCACAUUUCUUUCUGAUCUAGUCUGAUAAAUGGGUUUUUGUAAAUCCACACAUUGAGUAUCUGGUAUUUCUUUAUUUACACAUUCCCUUGUAGUUUUUUUUUUCGUAUGUGUGUGUGUGUGUGUGUGUGUGUGUGUGUGUGUGUGUGUGUAUAUAUAUAUAUAUAUAUAUAUUUUAUUUUUAGAAAAGAAAAACAAAAUACACUCAAAAACUGUCUGUCCUAAUCACCUGGGUCAUUUAGAUAGAGCUUUGCCUUAGUACAUAGAUCUAUUUAAAGGAACACUCCAUUGCCCAAAUACAAAAUAAGUACAAAUCACUGUUUAGUAGUAAAUGAAAACUUACACGCCUUUAAUUAUACAUCUUUUCACUGGGGUUAUAUGUAAAAACUUCUUACAAAGCCUGCAGUUCUCUUGUCUGCUGUUUUUGCAAACCUUCUAAAGCAGCCCAGACUAUCUGUGGCUGUCCAAUCACAGACUUCCCAAUGAAGCUUUAUGAGAAGUCUUUGCAAAGCAAGUGCUCUGGGCAAUUGCUGCCUCUUGAGUUUAGUUUCACUGAGCAAAACAACCAGGAAUAAACAGGACCUGUUGUCUGCUUGAAAGCCAAGGGGUGUGUAACAGGUUAAUUUAUAAAAGUGUUAAUUGUAAAAAAUAGGACACACUGUCCACACAUUAAGCUUUUCAGCAAGCUAAAGUGCUUUAUGGGUCUGGAGUUUUGCUUUAAAGAUGGCUUUUCUAUAGGGAUAAACUAGUAGCUGCUUAGGGCAACAAGCUAAAGGGUAACCUUUUUCAUGUAGCAUGCAAAAAAAGAUUGGAAAAUUCACCAAGUCCCCAUCCCACAAACCACUGGGUUUGUUCUACAUGGACUGUUCAUCAUAGUAGGGGCUAAACUGCCACUAUAGUGAGAACCAGAAAUGCUGCUAUUUUUAAAGCAAGUUAUGCUUUUGUGUGUGUAUUCUUACCCUUUUCUCCAUGUCCUAUUGUCUGCAAACUAGUACACCUGGCUAAUGUGUGACCUCACAUGAGUUUGUUAAAGGACCACUAUAGUGCCAGGAUAACAUACUCGUUUUCCUGGCACUAUAGUGCCCUGAGGGUGCCUCCACCCUUAGGGGCCCCCUCCCGCCAGGCUGGAUGGAGAGGAAGGGGUUAAACUUACCUCUUUCUCCAGCGCCGGGCGGGGAGCUCUCCGCCUCCUCUCCUCCUCUUCGGCUGAAUGCGCAUGCGCGGCAAGAGCUGCGUGCGCAUUCAGCCAGUCUCAUAGGAAAGCAUUCAUAAUGCUUUCCUAUGGACGCUUGUGUCUUCUCACUCUGAUUUUCACAGUGAGAAGCACGCUGUAGCGGAGAGCUGGUAUUACACAGCCUAUCUCCACUUUGGAUCCCAGGGAGGUUCAGGAACAAGCAAUUAUAAAUCCAUAGGGUAAAGUAUCCAGCAGGCAAAAUAACACAGCAGUAUCCCAACAGCAAUCCCAAUAACUGGAUGACACACAGUUUCAUGAGCAGAACUAAAGAUUUAUUCAGACAGUGGCCUUUUAAAGCCUGCUCUCAUGCAAGGGAGGGAUUUUCAUUAAUUUGUACAGUAGCCAAUCCUGCUCUGGUAACCUCCCACACAUCUCCUCCCCUCAGCCUGCAUCAUAAUCCCCUUAUCCAGCACACCAAUUCCCCCCCGUUUCUGGAUGUAACCCUAAACUUACGUUAAAUUAUACAUCCCCUGGUAGACCUGAUCUGGGUGAACAACAUAUCCAAAAAUCACCCAGAUCAGACCAGGGGUUCGGGAAAUUCAUGGAGGGAAUAAAGGGAAUAAAAUUCAUGGAGGGAGUCAGGGAAUAAACGACACGAAAGCCUCUAGCUACAGAGAUUAGGGAGGGUUCGCCUGAAUCCCCUCGUUCGGUUGUUUCUAUCUACCGAACGAGGGGACGUUCGGUAGUUUGGAACCGAACGGACCGGGCUUGUGGAGGUUUCAGCGGUGUUCGCCUAGUCGAGUGUCCGAUUUGAGUUCCAGACACUCGACGGCAAAACACCGAUGUUCGGGAGUUUUAAAAAGGCCGCCGCCACGUGUUCGUUUCUCGAAUGGCGGCCACCCCCGAGAACAAAGGACGGCUACUCAACUUGUCAAUUACCCGUUCGCAACAAUGUUGCAACGGGUAAUUGCAGGCACACUUCACACAGGGGAGGUUUGACUGUUCGGUAGUUUCAUUCGAACAAACUAAGGGAAUGAAACUACCUAACAUUCAGACGAAUACAAUAUAUUUAACACAUAGAACUUAUUUUACACGAAUGCAUUCAAAUACAUGUAAUUUCUCAGGACAGCCCAGUGCCAUCCGCUACACACGCAAGCGCCUCUAGCGGCUGUCAAGAGUCAGCCACUAGAGGCUGGAUUAACCUAUUUAUAAACAUAGCAGUUUCUCUGAAACUAUGUUUAUAUAAAAAAAAAAAAGGGUUAACCCUAGCUGGAACAGGCACCCAGACCACUUCAUUAAGCUGAAGUGUAGAUAAUGAAGUGUCUCAUUAAGCUGAAGUGGUCUGGGUGCCUAUAGUGGUCCUUUAAGAAUAUGAGCACAAAAUACUACACUUUUCCUGGUGGGAUAUUCCAACUAUCAGGAUUAUUCACGAAAGUGAGAAUUCAGGGUGUGGUCAAAGUGAAUUUCAAUUUUAAGGUCAAAAUAGUCACACUGCAAAAUUCUUUAAAUCAGCUAUUGUUUGCAUUCAGCUACUCUGACCUUAAUCUUGAAAUUCACCUUGACUUAACCUUGAAUUCUCACUUUAGUAAAUAAUCCUGUAUGUGACUUCAGCCCUUAUGCAACCCAUGUUUUUUUUUUGUUUGUUUUUUUUUUAUCCCAUUUUUAAUGACUCUUUGACAUCAACCUGUAGAUCCCUGCUGUGCUGACACAAGUCUCUCUAAUAAUGGGAAAUAAAAACAUUGAAUCCAUUUAUUCCUUCUUAGAACUUGCCUGGAUUCUUUCAUGAUCUCCAUUUUAUAUUUUCAGUCUAUGGAGAUCUUCCAAAAUAAACUGGAUGCUGCUGAAAAAACUGCAAUGCAGAAUUCAUCUGAAGACUAUGGCAGUAGGAGAGACAGGUGGAGAAAGUAUCCUGAAACGGAAUCCCGAAAAUUUGUAAGACCGGAUGAUUAUAGAAAAGAAGAUCGUCAUACCACUUCCCAGAAGCAUGAUAAAUAUACUCACAGAGAACGUAGAGAACACCAUGCAGACAAACCAAAAUGGGAAAGACGAGAAUCUGAUAAAACCAGCAGUGAACUGGAACGUGGACGAUACACAGAUAGCCCCGUGGGAGAAUAUGCUGAUACGAAAAAAGAUAGGAAUCCUUUAAAACACAAGUUCUUAAAACCCUCAGAAGAUGAUGACAAAAAAAUCCAUCGGUCUCUUGUAGCACCACCAACCUCUUCUAGAAUCACUUUCCUAAAACCUGAUGAACCUGACCCAUCUUGGCGGAGAACAUCAUCCAAAGGACUUGGUGAUGAAAAGCACCAAUUCCAAAUUGAAGACAGUCAUGUCAAGGAAAUGAGAGCUGUAGAAGAAAUGGGCAGUGAGUGUAUCGGUGCAAAAGAUUCUCUCUCAUCUGUAGACAAGCCACUGCCAAGGUAAUUAAAGUCUUACCUUAAAGUUACAUUUUCUAUUUAAAAGAUCUAGCAAACAAUAAAUCACUAAAUAUUGUAGGUUGUCUUCAUGAUUCUGUUUUGUAAUUAAAACAUGUACAUAAAGAUUUGUUUAUUUUAAAUUCCUUAUUAAAGCUUUUAAAUGGAAAGUUUAAGAACCAUAACCACUACAGUCCCCUGUAGUCAUUAUGGUGCCAGAAGUCUGUAGCCACAAUCCAUUGGUAUGUUCAAACAGCUUGUCAUUUACUUGGGUUCCAUGGGUGCUUUUGAUCUGUCCACUAAUUCUGAUAUCACUAAUUCAGAGGUUUCUUCUACAACAUCAAUUCUGCCAUGUUUGGAUGAAAUUUGAUGUUCGCAGGCAACUCCUUUCUUUUAAAUAGUGUGGCAAAAUGUUAUUCUAUUGAGGCUUCAGCUUUAAAUAUCUUAGAAAUGGAGACUCCUGGUGGACCCACGUAAGGGUCAAACCAUUCAAAAUGGGCUGUAGUGGUUAUGGUGUGUAAACUGGCCUUUUAACGAAGAGCUUUAAACUUGUGACAGGCAAUGUUUAAAAACAGCCAGCAGAAGUUCAAUUAAAGCUGAUUGAUAAUUAGAUUUUAAGGAAGCAUUUUUAUUGCGUCCUCACCUCUCCAAUCACAUGCCUAUCAACUGUCCCAAAUUCAACUGGACAGUCACAAUUUUAGGGUCCUAUGCCCUUUUUCCCCCCCAUCCCGCCUUAAUUCCCUGGUGUCCUGCUUUUUUGGGACACCAGAGAACUGUCCCCAACAAUCAUAGCUCAAGCGCAUCAAUAGAUGUGCUCUCGCUUUGAUUAGGGCACUAAGACCUUGCAGGGAGCACUGAAACAGUGUUCUGCCCCAGUGGGCCGGCAUGCAUAAAUGACAUGCUGCCUGUCAUGUGUUUAUGCCAGAUUGACCUGUCAUUAACUUGGGCAUACCCGCCCCCUUCAUUUGCAGACCCACCCUUUUGGGGUGGAGCUAGUGAUGUAAUCACGUCACUGGCCCGCCCAUUUACUUCCCUCCCACCGAUGUCCCGAUUCACAGGAAGCUGUAGUUGGGAGGUAUACAAUCAUCCUGCAUCUUGCGACAUGUUGGGCAAACACGUAGUUACAUCUUAGUGUAAUUUCUUUCAUUUACUUAUGCUGAUCUAUUAUUGUUGAGAAGUUUAUUCUCUAUUCUUAAAUCAUCUCUCUUAUUUGCCCUUCACUGACUUUGUUAGUUGUUGCCAAAUCCUUCAUAUAAAAUCCUUGUCUUUCAUGGUGGCCGCUGGCCAAAUUCCGUUAAGUGUAUAGUAUUUUGAUGGUUUUAAUUUUGCAGAUGUAUGUGAUUAAUCAUUCCCAUCUCAUUUUUCUAACUUGGUAUUAUUAUUCAUGUCAUCUGUAUAGCACUAUCAUAUUCUAAAUAGAAUAUUUCCAUGUGUAAAUAACACUGAAAACACAUUAAAGGACCACUAUAGGCACCCAGACCACCUCCGCUUAAUGAAGUGGUCUGGGUGCCAGGUCCAUCUAGGGAUAACCCUGCAGCUGUAAAUAUAGCAGUUUCAGAGAAAAUGCUAUGUUUACUUUAGGGUUAAUCCAGCCUCUAGUGGCUGUCUCAUUGACAGCCGCUAGUGGCGCUUCCGCGCUUCUCACUGUGAUUUUCACAGUGAGAAGACGCCAGCGUCCAUAGGAAAGCAUUGAGUAAUGCUUUCCUAUGGACUGAUUGAUUGAAUGCGCGCAUGCGGCGGAUGACGUCGGAAGAGGGAGGAGAGUCCCCAGCGCCGCCGGAGUACGGCGCUGGAGAAAGGUAAGAAUUUAACCCCUUCCUCCCCCUUCAGCUCGGCGGGAGAGGGACCCUGAGGGUGGGGGGGACCCAAAGACCCUAUAGUGCCAGGAAAACAAGUUUGUUUUCCUGGCACUAUAGUGGUCCUUUAAAGCUUACAAUCUAGUGGUUACAAGGAAGCGUGUCAGAGUAGAAAAGGUUACCAGAUACAAGAUCUUUGUCUAAUAUAACUUGUGAAACAAUAAUGUGUAGUAGAGAUAGAGUGAAAUGGAAAAGUCACUCACUAGAUAUAGAGUAGACUUUUAAGUUGUGUCGGACUCUGAACUUUAUCAAAGAUAAACCAGUUAAUUAAAAAUAGUAAAUGCCUGUAGGUAAGCUGUUCCUGUUCACACAUCAACAUUUUAGUUGAUUAAUAAAAUCUCUUCCACAAGUCCUGGUAAAUACGCAUACCACCCAAAAAAUUAGGAUUAGUGCGCAUGGCCCAUAGAGGGCAUUACCAGUGAUGAUGCUCACAUUCAAUGCAAAGAAUAUAAGGGACUGGCCUGGCCGGGAACAUUUGAACCCGCUCACUGAAAAGCUGUUUGGCUGGUGUUCUGUCAGAACUCCAUACCCUGUCAGAUUUACAUACUCCGUGUGACAUCCGGUGACGGGGACCAGCUGUUCACAGUGCUGCACCCAAAUUUUAACAUGGAUAUUAACCCUAAAUGUCCUGUGUUCCUGUGCUUCAUGAAUGCACUAACUGUAAUGUAAGUGUAAAACUAGCUUUACUUACCUUCCAGGACCUUGCUGAGGAGGAGUUCCCAAUCCAGCUGAAGACGCAUCAUUGGGAAACUCACGCAUGCUCACAGCCUCCGUCAGGUUCCCAUUCCCCUCCGGAGUACUAGCAACUAUGUGCAGCACUGAGGGCAACUGAUCUCCGUCACCAGAUGUCACAUGGGUUAUGGAAAUCUGCCUGGUAUGUCAUUUUGACAGAAAACCAGACCCCAGCCUUCAGGACAAUGCAGCUUUGCUGAAAUGGUUCCUGCAUGGUCCUAGUGCUUGCUGCACAGCAAGAGAGCAUCUAGUGAGUGCUGCUUAGGGACAGUGCCGUGGUGUCCCCAGAUACACCAAGGUACUGAAGUGGGAUGGUGGGACAGGAUCCCGAAAUCUGGAGUGGCCAGGCAAUAGUGUGUUUAUUCGGAGUCCCCUAUAUGUCUGUGCAUUUAUGUAUGUGUGCAUACUUAUUAUAUUAUGUAUAAAUUUAUAAAAAUUAAAAAUAAUUUUGCGUGCUGAACAGGACCUUUUUCACACAACUGUUUUUUCCCCUUUCUUUGCCUUGACAAGGUUUAGUUACUAUCAUUAUGUCUACAGGCCUCACAAAAUGAAAUGUAAUAUAUAGCGCUAAGUAUAUGUAUGUCAGUAAUAGUAUAUUCAGAAUACCGUAUAUCUCUGCAUCAUUCAAGUCUUAUAGACCCACAACCAUUUACCUGGUAAAAUGUUACUUAUUGUUGCUGAAUAAUAAUAAUAAGUACUUCUAGUAGCAGUGCCUGGCCUAGCACCGGGGCACGAGAAAGUCUAGUUUAAAAACCCCUGCCAUGUUCUGAAUAGGUUAAGAAAACAAUAUACAGGCUGGAUAAAGCUGAAAGCUUUCUUAAUUGAUAGCCACCUGCUGCUUCUCACAGUUUUUCAAGCUGAAAUUCAAGAAACCAACAGGGAGAAAAUAUAUUUUUUUAUUUUUUCCUACAAAAUGGAGCGGUUUCUCAAAUUCAGUUUCCUGCAGCUCAGCUGGGCAAAUCUAUUAGUUUUUAUCUUUUCUUCUCCAUGUGCGCCAAGUGGGUACAGUUAAAAUGUUCUUAUAUUAUAGCCAAAUGCUUCUUUAUACAUUGCUGCGGCCGGAUAAUGAUCCUCUCUGAAUGGGUACAUGGAACAACUUUUAUAUUUGCGUUGUAUAACUCUUACCAUUUUCUUGUUUGUAAAUGGAACAUAAAAUGUUACAAAAAAAGUGUAUAUGUUGGCUUUCAGUGAAAUAAAAUUUAGCAGCUCUUACACCAAUGUAUGCCCCUUUAACAAUACGCAUAGACAACGUUAUACACACUACAAAUAUAAAUUGGCGGUGCGAUAACGAUUAAUAUGAAACAGGGGGAGGGGGGGGUUAUGGCCAUCCACCGAGCUGUAUGGAAACUAACUAGAAGAGCUCUAUGUUGAACAGGACGAAAUCCUGCUAUUAAGAGAGCAAAACCACCCAGAUGAUAAACCAAUGGACGUUUAACAAAUCACAGAUUUGAUCUGGAAGAAACCCAGUUGAAAAAUUCAGAGUUCUUACAAAAUAUUUCGGAGAUUUGGCUGAAUGCUCUGAUGUAUUCGAUUACACAUCACAGCGCCCACACUUACCAUGAGGGGUCCAUGUUUCCAAACCCGACGCCUUCAGAUGGCUACUUGUCAUCGAAGGACGCAGAGUUAUGACAAAUACUCAAGAAUCUCCCCUCCAAGGGAGACCCAGAAGACAUUCUGGGGAAAUUGAAGGCCACAUUCCAACAAAAGUUGGAGGGCAUUUGAGUGGAUAUCUGCUAUAUUGGGGACCGUGUGGGUGAACGCUAAGAUAAUAGAAACCUAUUGGUACAAGAACUUACGCUAAGAUGAUAGAGAGACCUAUUGGUACAAGAACUUACCAACACAUUAGAGGACCAAGCUACUAUGCUCAGUAAUAACCACAGGUCUUUUGUUGAUGAUGUAACAACUUAAACUAAGAGGAUUACCUGAGGUGGAUGGAUUGAGAAUAGUCUUGCAUACGGUUCUGCAAUAACUGUUUAACCUGAUUAUGGGGAGACCCACGGACACCCAAGGUGUCUUUUAUACCUAAAUGUAUAUAUUAAAGAUGCCCCUAGGAAUGCCAUUUGCAGGCUACAUUAUUAAUCUAUUAAAAAAAGAGAUUUGACACUGUUUACUGGACACUGCAAGUGUUUCCGAAUUUAUUUUGGCACACUUUGCAGACAAGACGGACUUUAAAACCAUCACAGAACACCUUCGGAACCUUAACAUCCAAUAUGGAUAAGGCUUCCUAUUCACUUUAUUUGUCAACCACAAAGGCAAGGAUAAUUCAAUCGCCAUAUUUUACAAUGUUAAAACUCCACAACUACCAGAAACUCCCAGCAUGGAUAAGUAUCUAAUAUCCUUCAAUGCUCCCACAACUCCGCUACCCCAGAGACAAAAUUGGCAACAACUACCAAAAAAAGAGGCGAGUGGACACCAAAUCUGCCCCAUGUUUUUUUGAAUAUAAAACAGAUCUCCAGGGAGUCAUGACUGAUAGAUCAUGGGAGUUGUAGUUCAAAACAUCUGGGGGGGCCACAGUUUGUGCAGGCCAUGUCUAGGUUGUGUUGAGGGCCGAAGGCCAUUGACCAAAAAAUUCUCCCAUAUGCACUGAUGCUGAAUACUUAUUUUGUUGAUUCUUUAUAACUGUCAUACUAGCCACUGUAAAUACUUUGAGUCCCUAAUCAUAUCCAUAUUUACACUUUUUCACAUGUUUAUUUGCCCUUUCUUUUUUCUCCACUUAUUCAUGGGAUGCAUGACCUGUUUUGACACAGGAUAAGAAGCACUUAAUUAUUCACCUUCCUCUCUUACAUUCCUCCUCCCUCCCCAUGUCUAAUGCAGUGUAAUUGUUUAAGACCCGAAGUGGGUUGCUACCCAUGUUAGGAUCAACACUGACCAUUCUUUAAACAUUAAUCAUUAUACAUUUGAUAAUAACCACAUGUUGUAUGUUGUUUCUGUACAUAGUUUUUGGGUUCUUUAAAUUUUUUGCUCAUUCACUAUUUGCUUGUAUGCCACCAUAUAUUUGUUCUUACCAUGGCUUGACCAUGCCCAAUCUCCGAGGGGUAAUCUUUAAUGUGAAGGUUUUGAAAACCCACGAGAAGCGCUCCAUAGCUGCUCCAAUACCUGAGGGCGCAAGUAAUUUAUAUCCAGGAAACACAUUUGUGCACAGAUUCUUCUCUUACUUUACAUAACUGUGAAUACCUACUGCUAUACGUAAAUUAUAUAUGUUUGCUUAAGGUAUCCUUAUACUUGGGGGAGACUGUAAUGUUACUUUGGAUAAGUCUAUUGAUUCAUCCUCUACGUCCUCACUUACUCUGCCCCUACACGUAAAUAGUUUGUAUCCCUUCUAGACCAAACUCAGCUCUUUGACUGUUGGAGGAUAGUGCCUCAACCCACGAGAGAUUACUCAUUUUAUUCACCAGCUACCAGACAAUCACUAGAGGGAUUUCCGAGUCGUUAGACAACUUGUGAUCGCCUAACUGAAGCUGGACAUAAAUAAAUCAAGUGUUACCCGAAACCCAGUAGGAAAUCUUUGCUUAAUGCUUUCCUAUGGGGCUGUUCUAAUGUGAGCGCGGCCAUUGGAGGAGCGAAGAUAGACUCUGAGCCAGGGCCGAGGGACAUCUGGACUGGAACAAGGUAAGUAACAAAAGGGGUUUUUAACCUCCUUCUGCACCAUGAUAGGGAUAGGGGCCAAGAGGGCACUAUAGGGAGCUCUAGUUCCAGGAAAACAAUGAAAUACAAAAACAAUAUUAAUACACAAUAUAUACAAAAAUUAACAUAGAGCAGGUAAGAAAUAUAUAAUCAACCAUGACAGAUGCAUUCUGUUUUGAGAUAUGUAAUGAGGGAUCUCUUAAAGGAUUUUAGGCUGGGGAAGAUUUGAAAGUGUGCGGGAGGUCGUUCCAUUAUGGCAGUGCUCUGUAGGAAAAUGAGGAUCGAGGCGCUUUCUUUUUGUAUUGAGGUAGACUAACCACCGAUCCAGUAUCAGGAUUUUAUUUAUAGGAAGUGGGAACAGCUGGGGAAGGGUGGGAGCUUCACAGAAAAGCUCUUAAACACAAGGCUGGAAAGAUGAAGGGUGCGUCUGGAUUCCAGCGACAGACAGUUUAGUUCUUUUAGCAUGUCACAAUGGUGGGUCAUGCAAUUACAUUGUAGCACAUUGUAGCACAAAGCGGCAGAAUUCAUUUAACACUGCAGCAAAAUAGGGUUAACUGAUUCAGUAAUAAGUAGGGUAGAAGAUAUCAGGUAUAGCAUAACUUAGUGCAAGUAAUGUAGAAGGUUGAAGUUGAGUCUUGACUCUCCCUCUGACCUAGGUUUUGCUCUGUAUUGUAAGGAGUCUAAAAGCCUAUUGUUUUCCAAAGACCUCCCUUUUCUUAGACUAUCAUCUAUGGCCCAGGAAUUCAAUUUAUUGUUGCCUGGUAUUUCUCUUUGGACGGCUAUUGGAACCGUAUCCUUUGCAUCACAUUUGUUGACUAGCUAAGCUAGGCUAGCCAGAUAAACUUGGCUAAUAAACUUAAAUUUUACCCUAUCUAUAGUAUACAAAGUGAUGCAACACUGUCAAACAUGUAGUUGAAAUCUCAGCCCAGCUCAAGGAUAUACAUGUCCUUGGCUACCAGAGGAUGCCAUCAUUAGGUUCUUCCUAUUUCUUGUAUUAUGAGCUAGGAUUUCCAAAUCGGGUAUUUUGACCUAAAAUUUUAGAUACACUUUGAUUUCCUGACAAUUCGCUCUUUAGUGAGUACAACCCUGAAUUUUACCAGCCUGGCAGCCAAACUUAAGACCCAACAAGUGUUUGUAUUUCUAUCUGUAUUGUAUUCCUCAACUGCAAGUAUGGUAGAGAACAGGGAGUCUGGGAAUCACACAAAAUUGUAAGACCGAUAUUUUGAGUCAAAUAUAACGGAAUUAUUAACUUGACGGCUUGAGAAAGACACCUAGUGUGUCGAAAUGUUGCCUCUCUGUCAUGACUGAAUAAAAACCACCUCUUUCACCACCUCCUUUUUUAUUGGAACUAUUAACAUAUUCCUAUGAUAUUCAUAUGAUAUGAACAUAGCCAGUGGGAACAAGUUGAUUUAAUCUGUUUUGACUUUACUCUGUUCCUCAGCCCAGAUACUAAACCUCCCAUCCAGAUUCUCAGUGAAGAAGAAAUGAACAAAUUGGGAGCCAAAAUUGUGAAGGCUGAACUAUUGGGAAAUAUGGUACGUACAAUAUGCUCUGAUAUGUUUUGUAACAAUUUGUCCAUAAUUUGUAUAAUAUUUUAAAGGGAAAUGAUGAGAUAAUUACUUAAUCUUUUUUAUUGGAUUAUUUAAUUGCUUACAACAAUAUUUUAAAUAUAUAUGUUGACUUAUUUAAGCAAUUAUGUAUGUUAAAUAAAACCCAGUUGUAGCUAAGCACAUUGUUGGUGAUAAACAUGGUUUGUAUGGUUGGAAUGUUUGCUAUAUAUUAACUGGAACGUAUCACGCCAGGUAGAUAUUAGUCCGAUUUGCUAUUUUAUUUGAAUAUACUGAAAUGUAUUAGAUGCAUAUAUAAAAACAAAACCAAAGUAUACUGUAAAAAAUGUUGGCACUUUAAAUGAAAGUUUAUUGAUUACACAUGAGAUACAUGGAACGUUCUGUCCAAUUAAAGUUAUUUAACUGUUUGAUUGAAUCUUGCACUUGGCUGCUCACUUCAAAUAGAUCACGUGAUUUGAUUUACGUUUGUAUGCACGAAUGGUAAACUUUCUGUGGCAUGAUGUAGUCACCAGAUUGUGUUGAAAUCUGGAAAUGCUGUGCGUGUGAUGGUGGGAAAAAAGUGAAAAUGUUCACUGCUAAGACAUUUUUACGUAUGUUAUUCAAGUAAUUCUGGAAUAUGAAUUCCACCGAGAGCACCUGUGCUUAAAGGGACACUAAAGUAAUUCAAACGAUUUCAUCUCAAUGACGUGGUCUGAGUGCAGUGGUUCUGUUGUUUUGUAAUGUUAACAUUUCAUGGUUAAGUCCACCUUUGGUGGCUGUCUUCCUGACAUCUAUCAGAAGCAUUUCUGCUGCACUGACAGAGUAGGUUCCUCAAGCUGCAUCAAUUGAUUAAUGAAGUAACUCACCUUGUGCUGCUACAAAAGGAACAAUUUUUUUUUUUUUUUUUGGACCUCCACGUGUCAUAAAUGACAGCAUGAGCUGGUCAAACUCAGGCAUAAAUGCCACUUUAUCAGGCAACGAUGGUCUGGGGCAUUCGGCCCUCAUCCUCUUGUGGACGCUUUUGUCUAGGUGCUUCCGACUCCAAAAGUGCAUAAACUUAAGGAGGUGUUCUGAUGGAGUCCACUCCCCUGAGCAGGGAUGCCUGAUAUACCUGGGGUCGAACAUCCGCUGCCCCGUAGUGUCCAGGAAAACCUCCUGGUCCUUCCGGUGGAUGUCUCACCCAGAAAUGUCUCCCCGACGUAGGUGUUGGAGCACCAAUCGCCGGCGUCGGAGUCUGAGACCUCUGCCCACCACUCGUCCACAACGGAGAGGGAGUGGGGCACUUCUCUUUCCAUGUCCGAGAAAUCAUCUGGAAUAGGAGAAGGGGCGGUCAUUGUUGGGCCCUUACUGCGCUUGAGGGGUGUUUUACCCUUACCGGGGACCUUCCUGGAUCCCUCGCCCUUCCAAUGGCAUUUUGCCGGGUGUGCUCGCUCUCUGGAGGAGUCAUCCAACUCAUCUGAGUCGACUCUGAUUUGGGAGCGUUUUGGGGCUGGCUUGACAGGGUCAGAGGCUGUUGGGAAUACUUUGGACAUAACUUUUUCCAGAGAGGCGGCCACCGCCACGUUAAUCAUAGCCUGGAGAUCCAUGGGGUUCUGGGUGUCUUCCAUGAUAGGCUUAAAUGGGUACAAAUACUACUUCUAACAGGCACAGGUUUGAGAGGUAUAGGGACUGGUCGGGAGAGACGUAAACAGGCUGUGGGCCUUCACUCACAGCCUAAUGGCGUGUGGUAAUAAGCAGACUCUUGUUAUGAUCAAAUGGGCUCACCCAAGAAAAUCUGAACUGUAAAUACAGAUUCUGUUCAACAGCAAAUGGGGACUCACCCCUUGCCAGAAUAAUAGGGUGCACCUGACUGGCAGUCCCACUCUCCAGGGGUAUUACACCAACCUGACCAGGUCCCUGACCAUAUGCACUGCACAGCUGGACUGGAAAACUCAAAAACACAGUGAGCCUCUUCGUGAUGGGAGUAAAAUCCACGACUAACACCCCCAGCAAGAUGGCUGCCGCGGGUCUCGCAUGGUGUAAAAAGCCCGGGGGAAUAAGCUGCUUCAGGGAAGAGAGGGCCUUGGGAGAGCAGGGACAGAGCCCCAAUCAUAUAAAAACAGCCCCCCUAGAGAGGUGGAGAUAAAGGAUAGGCCCCUGUCACCCCCAGAGGAAAGGAAAAUUGUAAUCACAUACAAUAAGUACAGUUUUAGAACAAGUACUCUGACCUGACUUGUGAUGUAGCAGCAAAGAAAGAGGAAGUAAUGCAGAUAUGCUUUCCCUUAUAUACACUCUGACUGUGUUCUGAUUGAUUCUUUGUUUCACCUUUUUUUUUUUUUUUUUUUUUGCUGAUAUGGAGUUAUUAAAGAAAGUUAAUGCAAAAUAUGAAGCCUCCUGUCAUGUGGUAAAAUUACCUGACUGCCUGUGUAUUAUGGGGAUCAGAGUAGAAGUACAUGUGCCAGCAUGUGUACGCUUGACAGUAUAAUCUUUAAACCUAUUGUUGCCAUUCCAGAGGCACAAUGAGUUAAGGAGAUGCUAGAAAGAGACAUAAAGACAAAAAGUGAAACAUCUAUAUUUUCCUUUCACCCUUUGGUUUUUAAAAGUCUGUCUUUCCCUUUAAGGAGUUGGCAGCAAAACUUCGUGCCCAGCUGGAAGAUGCACGUCAGGCGAAGUACCAACAUCAAGUCUCCAGCAUGAAAUCAAGCGCAAAGGUGAGACCUCUAUUCCUCAACAGAUUUCCGAGCGUGACAUCCGACAUAUUUUGUUUUUUUAUUUAUUUGUUUAUUUUUACUGGCACGGUUGUUCAGUGGGUAAAAAAUGCUUUGUUGUCCCUUUUGGCAAACAUCAUAGCAAGUGAACAUACAGCUUACUUUGGAAAUAUUUUUAUCUACUCCUAUUUCUCAUCCUAGAGGCUUUUGAUAUGUCUUGUCCUGUCUACUUCUGCCUGAUCUUAAUUUUGUUUUUUGAAGUCUACUUACUUAGUAUAUCUAUCAAAGGUCUGGAGCAAUGAAAGCCACGUAUCCCUGUUCACAAACCGCUUCUGUAAACGGAAUCCCUGCCAGAGAUCAAAGGCUACAUUCUGCUUCUUCAUAACAUCAACUUCAACAUCCGUAUCAAACAAAAUAGCACAUUUUCCUUUCCUUUCCAGUGACUGUCAUAAAAUAGUUGCGGCAUAUUUCACCACUGCCGUGGAAGCGAAUGGUUCAAGCCCAAUAAUAACGGCAGGCCAUAAAUGUAACCAAGAUUAACAAGCAGAGCCAGAAAAAGUUAACUUUAAUAAGCUGUGUUUCCAGAUGGAGGAAUAAAACUACAUUUGUAUAAUAUUACAACCGCUCCAUUCCCUUCCAGAUCCAUAAAUUAGACCCCUGCUGUGAAACAAAGCUUAAAGGACCACUCUAGGCACCCAGACCACUUCAGCUUAAUGAAGUGGUCUGGGUGCCAGGUCCCUCUAGGAUUAACCCAUUUUUUUUAUAAACAUAGCAGUUUCAUAGAAACUGCUAUGUUUAUAAAUGGGUUAAUCCAGCCUCUAAAGCCUCUAGUGGCUGUCUCUUUGACAGCCGCUAGAGGCGUUUGCGUGCUUCUCACUGUGAAAAUCACAGUGAGAAGACGCCAGCGUCCAUAGGAAAGCAUUAUGAAUGCUUUCCUAUGAGACUGGCAGAAUGAGGGCGUGGCUCCUGCCGUGCAUGCGCAUUCAGCCGAAGAGGAGGAGGAGAUCUCCCCGACCGGCGCUGGAAAAAAGGUAAGAUUUAACCCUUUCCUCGCCAUCCAGCCUGUAUGUUUUCCUGGUACUAUAGUGGUCCUUUAAUACAAAGUAAAAAAAAAGCCAAAAAACGGCCAGGCGACCAUAUAUGUAGUAGUAAUAUUCGCCAUGUGUGCCUUUGGCUGCCAUCUUCCUCAAAUCUGCAGCCUCUGUCUCCCAGAAGCUCUGUUUCCAUUUCACUCAGGGACUAAGUACUGAGAGACAGAGGCUGGUAUAGGAACAGUGUGUGAAACAGCUGGAAAACUUUAUUAAUUUUUUUUUUUUUUUAACUAAAUAGAAUUGAGCAAAGACAAAAAAUAUCAGGCCAAAAACAAAUCAAAUGAGCAUAAACACUUUAAGCCAAAUUAAUAUUUACUAAUAUAAUAUGAAGUACUCUUUAGUUAGGUUUCAAUUGAAUAUUGUUGGAUAUGUUUUCCAGAUUAUUUCAUAUUUUUGGAUAAACUCUUAAAAUAUUUUAAUAUUAUGAUAAUUAUAAUUGUGUAAUAUUAAAAAAAAAAAAAGUUAUAUUUGACUGACACACACACGCACGCACGCACGCACGCAUGUGCGCGAUAUAAAUGUUUUACUAUUUUAAUAUUUUUAAAAAAUUAUUUUAAAAGUUUAACCAAAAAUAUUAAAUCAUUUGGAAAGCUUAUCCAACAAUAUUAAAUCGAGGCCUUCGUCUAUCAUUCUGAGUUUACCCAACUAUCCCAUAUUAAAGCCUUACCACCCUUGUUUUCAUGAUCAGUCUUCUCUGUAAAACAUCAAAUCAAAAUCAUUACCCAUACUAUACUCAGGAACCAUGACAUGACCAUCAUUUGAUUUUAAUAACCUAGGUUGGUGUGUUGUUUGAUUUUUUUUAAUGCUUUUUAUGUGCCAGUGUAGUAAAUGUAUCUGUUUAAAGGACCACUAUAGUGCCAGGAAAACUCUUUUUUUUCCUGGCACUAUAGUGCCACCCUCAGGGACCCCCUACCGCCGGGCUGGAUGGCGAGGAAAGGGGUUAAAUUUACCUUUUAUUCCAGCGCCGGGCGAGGAGCUCUCCGCCUCCUCUCCGCCUCCGAUCCUCCUUUUUGGCUGAAUGCGCAUGCGUGGCAGGUGCUGCGCGCGCAUUCAGCCUGUUUCAUUGGAAAGCAUUCAUAAUGCUUUCCUACGGACGUUGGCGUCUUCUCACUGUGAUUUUCACAGUGACAAGCACGCAAACGCCUCUAGCGGCUGUCAAUGAGACAGCCACUAGAGGCUUUAGAAGCUGGAUUAACCGUAUUAUAAACAUAGCAGUUUCUCUGAAACUGAUAUGUUUAUAAAAAAAAAAAAAGGGUUAAUCCUAGAGGGACCUGGCACCCAGACCACUUAAUUAAGCUGAAGUGGACUGGGUGCCUAUAGUGGUCCUUUAAUACAUCCUUAAAGGACCACUAUAGUGCCAGGAAAACAUACUCGUUUUCCUGGCACUAUAGUGCCCUGAGGGUGCCCCCACCCUCAGGGACCCCCUCCCGCCCGGCUCUGGAAAGUGGAAAGGGGUUAAAACUUACCUUUUUCCAGCGCUGGGCGGGGAGCUCUCCUCCUUCUCUCCUCCUCCGAUCCUCCUCCUGGGCUGAAUGCGCACGCGCGGCAAGAGCUGCGCGCGCAUUCAGCCCGUCGCAUAGGAAAGCAUUUACAAUGCUUUCCUAUGGACGCUUGCGUGCUCUCACUGUGAAAAUCACAGCGAGAAGCACGCAAGCGCCUCUAGUGGCUGUCAAUAAGACAGCCACUAGAGGAUUAGGGGGAAGGCUUAACCCAUUGAUAAACAUAGCAGUUUCUCUGAAACUGCUAUGUUUAUAAAAAAAAUGGGUUAACCCUAGAAGGACCUGGCACCCAGACCACUUCAUUAAGCUGAAGUGGUCUGGUUGCCUAGAGUGGUCCUUUAACACUAGUGUUUUCAUAUUUAAUAUUUGUAAGGACGUUUACAGGAUGAUGUCUGUUUUUGCUGCUCUUUAUUCUCUCAGUUGAAACUGAACAUCAUGAUUCUCGGUCACCUCUAAUUUCUUGCAUUUGUGGGUUUUAGAGGAGUAACAAAGCAGAUUGUUUGAAAUUCUGUUUCAGGACCCAGCCAAGCAUGUCGGCUAAGAUUGCAAUUGAUUUUCACAUUACACUACUAAAUAGGAUGAAUAAUGUAUGUAUGCAGGGUCCGACCAUGGACACUGCUUGAAAGCCGCUAAAUACGGCUGGUCUGGGAUUUUAAUAAUUGGCAAGUAGGACAUUUUAAUGAGGCAGAUCAACUGGGACAUUUCUGCUCUAUCUGAAGUUUCCACUCUACAUUGAAUAUUUCUUUUUAAACAUAUUACAUGUUCACACCUCGCGAUGUCUGUCCCAAUGUCCUCAUUCACGGUGGGAUUCAUGUAUGAUUAAUAAUAGACAAAUGUACUGCAGAAUAAAAAAUGAAAUGUGUGUUGUUCUGCUUAAAAUAUUCAUUUAUAAAACUAUUCGUGUCUGUGUGCAUGUAUAAAAUGAUUACUGGCAGGUAAAGAAGCCCUAGUGUGCGAAAUAGAAAACUCAAUAAAUAUAAAAUUGAGGUGUAUAGGUAGUUUGAAUAAAAUAUGUUUAAUAUGUAAAAGAAAAGUAGUAAAGAAGAAAGUCUUUCUUCUCUUGAGUGAGUAAAUAACCUCUAUAUUACAGAACAACUUUAAAAAGCCACUGUAGUGCCUAAAUAUUCUUUAGCUCUUCAAAAAAAAAAAAGCAUUAAUUUCUUCUAUACGUUGCUCUAGCUAUGGAAUGCUACGUUGCUAUGGAAACUCCCUAGCCAGGGCUGCUAGUGCCGGCUAGAGAGUAUAGGAAUGAAGUGACCACAUAUAUCCCUCCAUUCACAUGAAGCCAUAAUGUCUGCAUCACUGAGAAGGUCUGUCAUGCUAGGGGUAGUGUCCUCAAGCAGGGCUAAUCAGUGAUGUGGAGAGGAGGCGCGCGGUUGGAUCGGAUAGCAGAUGAGGAGCGCGGGCAGAUUUCUGCAAUGAGAUCGCGGCGGAGGAGAGGAGACGCAGGCAUGCAGUUAUAGUUUCCUUCUUUAGAACUAAACAUAGCCAAAUGCCUGCUUUCUGUUUAAGUCAUGUUCCUAGUAUUCUUAUUUGUGAGAAUUCUGAUGAAAUGAAAAUCAAACUUGCUGAAGUCAUUCCUCAAUAGUUAGUUUGACAAAUAUUUUUUAUUUUUUAUUAUCAUUAUUUUAUAUUCUUAAAUUUAGCCAAUUCUCUGCCUGCUGUUUGGCCAUGCCCAGUGCUUGAUCAGUUGACAAGCAGUAGUUCUAGCUAUUAAAAGACUCCUCAGAUCGAGGAAGGAGUGGAUCUUAAUACUGGUUUAUACAUUUUUAAUUAUUUGAGUCCCCCACAGUCAAAGCCAGCGUUGCUUUGUGAUUUUUGCCAUUGAACUAUAUAAUUGUAAGAGAAGACACAGUAUAUUCCCAUUGUCUUCCUCGUUUGCAUUUUGUGCCCUGGCUGUGCGUGGCUUGAUUGCGAUUUCACUUACUAAAUCUCUAAUACAGUGGUAGUCAACCCUUUUCCACUUACCGCCCACUAAUGCAUCUUUCUUGAUGGAAAAAUUUCCUUACCGCCCACCAGUUUUCGCUCAAGCGCGGAAUAUUUUUUAGAAAGGAGGGUGUUUUAAAAAAAAAAUAAAUAAAUGUACGUACAUUUAUCUUUUUAUUUCUACUUUAUGCAUGUUUAUAAUGUUUUUAACUUUAUAAAGUUUUUAAUGAGGAAGCAAUAAAGUAAAUUGAAAUUACCUUUACUAGUGAUUAAUGAGAUACUUGAGGCUGAUGCUGCGAGACUAAAUAUUUGAUAUCUGGUUCGAUUUUCGUAAGGAACAAACGAAGGUCUCCUCUUUCAGUGAUAAUCAGAAGACUUCUUUGUUUGCUCAUAAAAUGAUUUCUCAUCUGUGCGUCAGCUCCCCUCCUCUCCCUCCUCAAUUCCCCUUCCCACCUUUUUCCCCUUUUUUCUAUUUUUUAACCUUACUUAUAGCAAUGCCCAGUAGGAAGGCUGAGCUAGGUAGCCCACUUAUUAUUAUUAUUAUUAGUCAACAACAAUUCUCUCCUUUUCCUUUUCUUUCCUUCUCCUUUUUUACAAGUACUCUACUCCUUCUUUCCCCUAUACUAGAAGUACUCUACUCCUUCUUUCUCCUAUUCUACAAGUACUCUGCACCUUCUUUCUCCUAUUCUACAAGUACUCUGCACCUUCUUUCUUCUAUUCUACAAGUACUCUGCUCACAGACAAACACAUACACACACACACACACACACUCACACAUACAUUUACAGACACACACACUCACAGACAAACACUCACACAUACACUUACAGACACACUCACAUAGAAACACAUACACACAAAUAUACACAUACUCACUCAUGCACUUACAGACACUCACACAUACACUUACAGACACACACACAUACACUUACAGACACAAACACACACACACACACACUUACAGACACACACACACAUACACUUAGAGACAAACACAUAUACACACAAAUUAUUAAUAUUAAAUAUCCACCCAGCCUCCCUACCUGGAGAGCUGGUGUGGAUCUGUCCCUGGGGUCGAGUGGGGCUUCACUUAGGCGGGCGGCUAAUCAGACGCAGCGAGGGAGCUCUAACCUCUCUGCUCUGCUCCCUCGUGGGCUGUCUACUGAUGCCGCGAGCUGGAAUAUGACGUCAUAUUCCGGCUCCCGCGGCAUCAGCAAACAUCAUGCGAGGGAGCAGAGCAGAGAGGUUAGAGCUCCCUCGCCGCGACUGAUUAGAACUCUGCCAUGCCGGGGGUCCAGAAGGUGGCCUGGCAGGAGGGAGCGCUUCCUCCUGCCGGUCACUGAAGACUUGCGCAUGCAGAGCCGCUCGCGCCCGCCCAAAAGGAGAAAUCCUCUUAAAAAGAGGAUUUAGCCUCAGAAAUCCCUACCGCCCACCUGGAAUCCUAAAACGCCCACUAGUGGGCGGUAGGGACCAGGUUGACGACCCAUGCUCUAAUAUGUAUUUAAUCAAAUAUGAAACAAUGGUUAACACAAGUUAUGGUUGAAUUUCAAUGUUUUGUUCAGUCUAAUACUUUCCCGAGCAGUGAUAGAACUUCUAAAAAAUAAAAAAUCACUUUAAAAGAGAACUAAGUGCUAAAGUAAUAUUAUCUUUGGUUUCAAAGUUACAAAGUAUCAGCGAGAGAAAAAAAAAUAUGACUCAUUCAUUUUGUUUAAAAUUGGAUUAGAGAAUAGUCACCUUUAGGGGAUAAUCUUGCUGAAUAAUUAAUGAUCCAAUUAAAUUUGGCUUUUAAUCUUUAAUAAUUUAGUUGCUGUAUAAAUUAUUGUUCUUGUUGAUAUAUUACUUUAAAAAAUGAUCGAGUGCCUUUCGUGCACAUUCAAAAGCACAUACAGUUAUUUACUAAAGGUUGAAGUGUUGAGAGGUCAAUAUGAAAAUCACAUUUUGGGUCACAGCCAAACUGAGGCCAUUGCUGACGUGCAGAAUUUUCUUCAAUGUCACUUAGCAUCUUUGACUAUUCACACUAUAGUUCUGUCACUUUCCAAAGCUUUUCUUAAGUGUACUUUUAUUUACAAGUGCUAUUUUAUGUUUACGUUUCUCUCGCCCUCCUCCAUCUUUUAAUAGUUUGCGUUAUAGAGUAGUGUCUUUUUAUGUCUAUUCUACGUAUCUGCUGACCCAGAACAUUGUGUCAUAGAGUGAAAAUACAACUCUGAUAGAGAGGCUGUCCUCUGGCAGGCAAACUUUGAAGUCCCAAUGUUUUGCUGCAUAUCCAGAGGAUUUGCAGCUUCUACAGUGAUCCCUCUCCAUGCCAAUGCUAAUGUUCUAAUCUUUUUUACCAUGGUGGCAUUGAGCAUGCACCAUACACCCUUUUAAUAGCACCCUGCAGCAUGUUUUCUAUAUAAAAACAUCAAUGAAACUCUUGCAAAAUAUAAUAUAUCCCAUUCCUAUCAAUGUUUUACUGCUAUAUCAGUAGCUGCCUUAAUUCAUGUUUUUUUUUCUUUGCUCUGUGCAUAAAGAUUUUUAUUGCAAAGUUUUGCCAGAGGAAGUCCUGUCACAAAUUCUUGUUUCAUACAUACAAAAUCAUGGUGAGCGCUCUACUUUGUUAGGUGACCCCCAUGUCAUGCACUAAUAAAGACUAGGGUGCUUAACCCCUUGAGGACACAUGACAUGUGUGACAUGUCAUGAUUCCCUUUUAUUCCAGAAGUUUCAUCCUUAAGGGGUUAAGGUGGAAAAAAGUCUUGUUAGCACAUCAAGACCAUAUGCAGGAAUAGAAUAAGACCCACAGUCCACUAAUUUAUGUCAAAAAUAACAGUAUACAAUACUAGUGAAUUCAGUCAAUAAAAAUGUGUUAAACAAUAAAUACACAGUACAAAGUGCAGUUACAUGCAAGAAAAAUUAAGGUGUAUUCAUCUCUAUUAAUGAAGUGCGAUCAAGUUUACCCAUAAAAAGUAUGACUAUACAUACUGACCUAUGGCUGGAGAUUAGGCCUCCUCAACGUUUCGGCUACUGCUUUUGUCUAGGGGAUCGCUAUUUACUAUGGCCCCAAGUGCUUAAUAUACCUGAGUGAAUGAUUAAGUGCCCUCCCACUAACAACCAAUAUUGUGUUCUAAUGGCGAUAAAACUAAAGGGUGUUACCAAAGAUUAAAAUACUCCAUUCCCUUUUUCCGAAUCAAUGACGUCAGCACGCUAGUGCAGGUGAUGUCAUAACGUACAGUACUGAUUAGUACAACGAAACUGCAAUAAUUGAACACACUAACAAUUAUCACAAUUCCCACAUCUGACUCCUGAUGUCCUGAUGUUGGUGUUUAGCUUCCAAUAAUCAAAGUGUAUAACUCGAAUACUGACGUUUAAUGACACGUAUCUAAAACGUUCAGUCCACAGACAAAGGCAGUAGCCGAAACGUUGGGGAGGUUAGUAUGUAUAUUCAUACUUUUUAAUAGGUAACCUUAUUUGCACUUCAUUAAUAGAGGUGAGUACACAUGCCUUUUUCUUGCACUUUAUUUCAAUGUACUGUGUAUUUAUCGUUUAACAUAUUGAUUGUAUUCAAUAAAGACCUGUUCUUUUUGGCAUAAAUUGGUGUGCUGCUGCGGGUCUUUUUCUAUUCACAAAUUCUUGUUUUGCCCGGAGAAAUCAUAGUUGGUGUGAAGGGAGGGGAUUUUACAAAUUGGUGCCAUUAAAGGAACAGAGAAAUUCAGUAAGUAGGCAAUGUUUUGUAGUGUCCUAUUAAUAUUUGUGCAGAAUGUGACACACACUGGUGUUUGGCCAAUUAAGCCUCCGUGUUAUUACCACUUUUUCCCCUCCAUUAUAGGAGUGAAUACAGAAGUCACACUAGGUUUUCACAUCUCUAUUUAUUUGGAAUAUUAAAAUUUUUUUCCUUGAAUAUCACAUUUAAUUUUCCUUCCCCCUUUAUUAUAUUGUCUGCAGGGGGGAUAAAAAGACUCCAUACUCUCUAUGCAUUGACUAGUGCAAAAUUGCUUUGCUCUCGAUAUUGGAGUCAGAAAAAGUUCCCUAUUUUAAAGCCACUGUCUAUGGCAUAACCUCUUUGACAGAACGGUUCCAACUUCAUUACAGGACAUCUGUAGCGUGGUAGCACAGCUGAUACCUUUUCAGAGUCGUUUGGAAAUUGAUUUUUUUUCUUUUUUUUUUUUCUAUCCUUUGCGCACAGCUCUUGGAAGUAAAUGCCUCUGGUUGCUGUGACAUUACUUGAUGUUGGCAAUUUUUGUCAUUUUUCUUCUUGGUUUGUUAAAUUCCUUAUCGCUUGGAGCCAUAGAAGAACCCAGAAACAGAAAAUGUGCUUAUCGCUCCUCUCAUUUUACAGAUAAUGUCUGCGUGAUUUACCAAUUUUUUUGUUCUCUCUUGUUAGCAUUCUAGUCAUAACAGGUGGGACUACAGCCGGAUUAGGAGCGGAUUCGUUCUGAGUUACAUUUUAACCAUGUCUUACUUGGCUUAUAUUCCAUUCUCGGUGACUUCACACAGUAUCUGUCAGUCUGCAUUCUGUGUAUAGCCUCCGUAAAAAGGGGGUACAUGGUGAAUAUUUAACUUUCUUAAUUUAAAAUAAGGCGAUCAUUCAAACAAAAUUCAAUAUAUCUUCCUACAGUGUUAAAGAAGGACUAAAAUGUCGCUGAAAAGUUUUAAUUAUCUUAAUUAAUCCCACAUUUAGGCAGCUACCCAUCCAUUUAUUUAAUGUACAUUUUGUAUCUUUAUCUAUUUUCAGAUGGAUCUCAUUGCUGCUGUGAGAUUCUUUUUAAAAUAGAUCUAGUUGAAUUUCCCUUUUAAAACCUAAAAUUAAAAAUAAAAACCUCUCUAAAGUAAAAGUAGAGUUUAAGUGGCGUUUAGGUUUGGUGCAUUUGUAAACGGGUAAGGGCUUUGGGUACACAAGGAUGACCUAGGGUAUGUGGGGUGCUCACUAUUAUGAGCGGCUCUAGUCAGUGUCUGAGAAAUUCGAUCAAAUUACGUAAGGAAUUCGGUUGAAAUUCAGCUGUUUGGCUGCCAAAAGUAUGCUCAGUCACAGACAACAAAGGUAAAUGCAUAUACUGUUAGAAUUAACCACAUUUAUUUUGAGAUUCAUAAAAUAAACUUUAAUUUAACAGCUGACGUUUGAAAACUUGACACUACUUGGCUGCCGUUCAUUAUUUAGUGAAUUCUUUACAUUGUUUAACCCAGUGGAUUCCAAACAUUUUAGGUUCAUGGCACCCUUAAUAUUUCAAUAUUUUUCCAAGGCACCCCAAGUCAAAAUUUCUAGGUUGUAUAUCUGUACAGUACUGCGGCAUUUACUGGCACUAUAGUGUAAUGUACAGUGUUGGUGUUUGAAGAGAUGCUUGUAUAUAGUUUUAGUGUUUUAAUAUAGGGGUGUGUUUGUAUGUAAUGUUUGCAUUUGAUUGCAGGGGUGUGUUUGAAUGUUAUGUUCACUUUUAAAUGUGGGUGUACAUUUGUGUGUAGUAUUUGUGUUUGAACGAAGGGGUGUGUUUAUAUAUCCUUUUGGAGUUUGAAUGCAGGGGUGUGUUUGUAUGUAAUAUUUGUGUUAGAUUGCAUGAGUGUGUUUUGUAUGUUGUGCUGGUGUAUGACUGCUCGGAUGUAUGCCCAUACACAUAUACAUACACACACUUAGAUACACACAUACACACGCAUAUACCAACAUAUACACACUCGCACCCUGACACACACAAACAUUGAUACAUGCACACACCAUGAUAAAGAUGCACACACUGGCAUAAAAACACACAAAAUGACACACAGAUGCACAAACACAGACUUCUAUCCUGAAACACAGAUGUGUGCGCGCACACCGAGACACACACUGACACAGAAGCACACUGAUAUAUAUAUAUAUAUAUAUAUAUAUAUAUACACACACAUACACAGAUGCACAACCUGACACACACACACAGAUGCACAACCUGACACACACGCGCACACACAUAGAUACAUAAGCACACUGACAUAUAUAUACACACACACACACACACACACACACACACACACACACUCUGACAAACACAAGGGAUAUUUGUAAUAUCUCCAGCCACCCUUCUGUUAGCUUAGUCCAGGAGGCUGGCUUGAAGUCCUGCUGGUGGGAGUGAGUGGUCUGGAGCACUUUGUGCUCUUCUCCUCUCAUGUUGCGGCUGCCUCCUCUCCCUCCUAUGCUGUCUCCUCCCCUCUCACCCUGUCUCCCUGCAUUAGGCUGAAAGGAAGUGACAGGCGGUCACUUCCUCACAGCCUGCCGACGGUACAGGUGCCGGUCGCGGUCUUAAAGGACUGCGGCACCGGACCGAGACCCUGCUCAGCAGUAAUGUUACCCUGUUGCUAUACAGGAACAUUCCGCUGCACCCCUGUGUGCCUGUCACACAGCUUGGGAACUGCUGGUUUAACCUAUUGUUUAUAUCAUGCAAUGUUGUUACAUGCUUACUUGUAUGGAGGCUGUAUUAUAGGAGGGUGACAUUUAGCUUAUUUGGUCAUCCAAGCAAGUAUCUGCUCAAAUUGCAAAGCAUCCUGUGAGCUGGCAUGGAAAAUUAAUUCCUUAUAACUGAAUAGCAAUAGAGAAACCAAUAAGUGAAGAGAUUGGCUAUUUUCACAGAAGCUUAUCAUUCUGAAGCAUGUUCGAAGGUUAGCUUAUUUUUAGACCUGGUAUAAUUUAUAUAUUAAUCUAGCAUGUUGCACAUCCAUUUCUAUCCUAUUUUGUAGGAAAUUGCUCCCUGUUAAAUGAACAGGCGAAGCACCAAAAUCACUUUAUCUUAAUGAAGUCAUUUCGGUGCAUAUAUACCGCCUCUGCAGCUUCCAAAUAAAAAAUAUACCUUUUCUGCGCAACAGUCAUUUUUAUAUUUUUGCAGUGCCAGACAGGCAUCCACUUGGGACUUCAGACAUAAUUAGAUUCAGUGAUUGAGUCUUUUUUUAAAUUCUUCAUUUUUGUAGGGCCUCGCUGGAACAAAGUAGGCAAGAGACCAACAUUACAUAAGGAAAGACAAGAAUAAAAAACAAGUAUGUUGCAGACAUAGCACUAUUCUAACAUUUUACCAUGGUAGUGAUCGUCAAGAUAUGAGAGUUUAGUAGGGAAGGGCAUAUUCUCAGGUUUCCCCGGUGUGUUGAGGGAGUUAUGCUUGCGAAGCUAACAGAGGGAAGUGGCAUAAAUGCUGCAUAAAGUUGAGUGUAGUUAAAGGGUUAGUGAACCCCAUCAUAUGAGGUAUGUGAUGGUGUGGAGAGGCAGAGUUAAACAUAAGAGAUUGUGUGAGAGAAGUAGCUUCCAGUCAAGUUAAUGAUGCUGCGAUUAUGCCGCAGCCUUAGCGUCUAUUGCCCCUAACCAAGGGGCGUCGCGGGGUGAGUGUUUUCCGUCUUCCGUCAGACAAUCUGGGUAAGGUCGCCUCUGUGCCGAUAUGUAAAGCUGGUUUCUAGCCCUUAACCCCAAUAUAAGUGAUAGGUGUCCUCCAGUACCAAGGGAGGCAUUGUCUGGUGUCCAGCGGAACCCAGGUAAGUUGUCACACUAUUCUUAAACAGAAGACCACCAGCGCACCUCUGACACUAUAACCACUGCAGUAGGUUAUUUUGCUUGGAAUGUUCCUUCCUUAAUGCUGUGUUUUUUGUCAUGGAUGAGAGUAUUUCAUUGGAAAUAUUGGAAUAGCAGAGCUACUUUUUCUAAAUCUUAUAUACAACUUGUGAAUUCAUUAAGUAGCUAUUUUGUUUCUGCCAUUCCAUAUAAAGCACAUUGCAUCUCUUGUCAUUUAUCAUAGAUUGUUAAAAUAGAUAAGUUUAAAACACUUGAUGUUUUAAUAGCAAAUCACUGUGUGUUUAAUAAAAUGUAUCUGGAGUUGGUUUGUUAUCCCAUAAGUUGAAGCCAGGAAUCCAGUGUUCUAUUGGCUGGCAGAGACUUAUGGGAAAUAUAGUCUAGUAAUAACGGUAUGGCUAAAGUUGACCACCCCUGGGACAAUGUAUUGGUUGCUUGAGCCCACGGUACAAUACAGUUGCAACAGCAAAUCGCACUUAAUCGUUGUCACUUAUUUUUAAAUUGCUUUUAGAAUAGCUUGAUAUUGAUUUUUCUUGAUUUCGCGAAGUCAAGUUGCACAAGCGAUCCUUGCUGUAACAGGGUUUCAAUUACAAGUCAGAAAAGAUACGGUUGUUUUCAGUCUGUUACUCUGCAAUUAUCGGAUAUCUGUGAACAUACAGAGCUUCUUUCCCCCCACUCUGUACUUUGGAAAAAACAUUGAUUCUGUUGUUAAUUUUUGUUUCGCAGUAUACCUGCAGAUAUUUUCGAAAGUCAAGAUGGACAAUCAAUUUGCUUGUCCCUUACAGGCACCCUAGCUGUGCCUAGGAUUACUGGUCUUUUUUAUAAGUCAGGUUCCAGUCUUAAAGUGUUUGGAAAGAGAGGAGUUAGAGCAUCAAUCAUCCUGGGUUACAAAUUGAACCCCUUAAAGGGACAGUUUAAGUACCAUAAGGUCUUAUGUUUUUCUGCAUAAAUUAUGGUCCAAGAAGUAUCUAUCUUCUUUAGCAAAGAUAUAUCUAAACUGUAUAAUUAAUGAACUAUGGAUUAUAAUUAAUCAACGGUGCUACCAUCAGCUCCACCACGCAGGCUCGCUGCCUAGGUGUUCUCUUUGACUCCGACCUCUCCUUCAAGCCUCAUGUUCACUCCUUAGCCAAAUCCUGUCGUUUCCAUCUCAAAAACGUUGCGUGCAUCCGACCCUUCUUAACGCCAGAUGUGACUAAUGUGCUUGUCCAUUCCACUGUCCUUUCCUUGACUACUGUAAUCCGCUUCUCAGUGGUCUUACGUGCUCCCAACUUGCGCCAUCACAGUCCAUAAUGAAUGCGGCGGCGAGGCUCAUCUUCCUGUCCGCCCGUACCUCCCACGCCUUAGCAUUCUGUCAGUCCCUAUAUUGGCUUCCUGUAAGAUGUAGGGCUCAAUUUAAAAUUCUGGUUCUUGCUUUCAAAUCUCUACACAAUGCUGCUCCCACCUAUCUAUCCUCCCUUAUACACAAGUAUGUCCAGUGUAGGCCCUUAUGAUCUGCUGAAGACUUACGUCUAUCUUCUGGCCGUACUCCCACCUCUGAUGCUCGCCUUCAAGACUUCUCGAGGGCUGCACCGUUCCUGUGGAACUCGCUUCCCUUCUCCAUUAGAUGCUCACCCAGUCUCUACUCCUUCAACAAAUCAUUAAAAACCCACUUCUUCAUAAAAGCGUAUCAAUUAAACUGUUAAUAGCUCCCGACUGAUUGCUCUUUUGCAACUGUCAUUAAGUGUUCUUGCAUGGCAAGACCACUUACUAUUAUCUCACAUAUAUUAUUAAGUGUUCUUGCAUAGCAAGACCACUUAUUGUUAUCUCACAUAUAUAUUAUUAAGUGUUCUUGCAUAGCCAGACCACUUAAUGUUAUCUCACAUAUAUAUUAUUAAGUGUUCUUGCAUAGCAAGACCACUUAAUGUUAUCUCACAUAUAUAUUAUUAUUAUUAUUAAGUGUUCUUGCAUAGCAAGACCACUUAAUGUUAUCUCACAUAUAUAUUAUUAUUAUAGCCAAAUUUUUAAAAUACGACCGUUUGAAGAUGGCAACCGCCAAAAUACUCUGACCUGUCUCAGGCUGCAGCAGCAAGUGAUGUCAUAGACAGGGCCUUUUGAACACCUGCUAAUGUUUUUAUAAAUGUAUGGUUUAAUGUAACUGUGCAACAAUGUUGCAAUUAAAUGUGCUAUAUAAAUGAUAACAGUUACUCCGCCCACUCCAGUUGUAGACUACUGGUGGAGGCAAGAACACUUCACACAAUUUCCCCAGAAAUUGUAGCUUUUCUAGUUAAGUGUUCUUGCAAGAACACUUAUUGUUAUCUCACAUAUAUAUUAUUAUUAUUAUUAUUAUAGCAAAAUUUGCCACCCUAACUCCUCCCACAGUUUUUACACUACAUAGACAAAAAUUUACCAAAACGUGCAGAUUGUUCCCGAUCGGAUUGCUAUUACUUUGUGGAACAUUUCGCCGAAUGGUUCACGGAAUAUCGUCGUUCUUGUGGCGCAAUUUGUCCCAUAGGAAUGGAUGGCAAAGCUAGAGUGGGAGCUGGCAAAAGCUGAAAAAUCAGGACAUGAUUUCUAAACUGCCACCACUCCCUUAUUUUCAGGCCCACAAAGACAAAUCUUAUAUCAAAACGUUCAGCUAUCCAUGCUGCCACUAAACAUGUCAACGGCUAAGCCAUAGUCCUGAUAGUUUUCACAAUAUAAUCAUUUGUUUGCAACAAACGCCGUCCAUUGACAUUCAUUGAAACUUCACUCUGCAAAGCUCAAAUUUGAAGUGCAAUUUCUAAACUGUGACUGUGCCUUAAUUUUUAAUACUGCAGAAAAAUACUAUUCAUCUAAAUGUAGGUCUGGGUCUUGUGAUUUUCACAAUAUAAAGCUCUUUGCUGUAGGAUGUAUAGUUUUUUUAAAUACGACCGUUUGAAGAUGGCAACCACCAAAAUUCUCUGACCUGUGCCAGGCUGCAGCAGCAAGUGAUGUCAUAGACAGGGCCUUUUGUACACCUGCUAAUGUUUUUAGAAAUGUAUGUUUUAAUGUAACUGUGAAGCACUUUGGGCAACAACGUUGCAAUUAAAUGUGCUAUAUAAAUAAAUAAAAGUGGAAAUGCAUUUCUCACUCUAUCAAGCUUGCCAUGUGCACUUUUUAAAUUUGAUCAAUCAAUUGGUUAGUGUAAUGUUUACUAUCUUUACUCACUCCAAACACUCCACACAGUUACUCUGUCCAGUCCAACCUUUCCACAGUUACUCAAGCCACUCCACCCAGUUACUCCGCCCACUCCAGUUGUAGACUACUGGUGGAUACAAGAACACUUCACACAAUUUCCCCAGAAAGUGUAGCUUUUCUAGUUAGUCUAAUACUAUCCUUACCUUUUGUGUCACAUUACCCCACUUCCUCUAGCAUGUAAGCUCAUUGAGCAGGGCCCUCAACCCCUCUGUUCCUAUGUGUCCAACUUGUCUGGUUACAACUACAUGUCUGUUCGUCCACCUAUUGUAAAGCGCUACGGAAUUUGGUGCUAUGUAAAUAAUAACAUAAUAAUAACUAUUCCACCUUUUUACUAAAAUGCAACAUGUAAAAUUCCAGGUACGUUUGUUAGACAAUAAAAUAAACGUUUGCUGUAUAUGUCCAUUCCAUAUAGUAACUUAAAAAGGCCUCCCAAUUUGAUAGCCCUGUAUGAAUACAAUAUUCAAAAAUAGCUUUUAGUUUUAGAGAUUCAUUUCUAUUCUACACAUGAAACUGUUGCAUUGCCCUAAGUGUCUCGUUUGAAUCAUUACACCAGGAAAAAAAGUAAUUAGACGUCUUAUCUAAAACAAAAAUGAGAUUAAUUAUACACAGAACAAAAAACAUUUUUUUUUCUCUCUUUCUAAGCUUGUGCAUCAUGUCUUUUGUUUAUAACACGAAGCUUGUGGGAAAUCAAACCACACAAAUCCAGUGGAGAGGAUAAUUGGUUAUUAAAUACUUUUUUUUAUUAUUGUUAUAAUUUCAAUCUGAUAUUUCCAGUUUCCCUGCACUUAUUGUCUGUGUUCAUUCUUACUGUUGUUACACUACCUUUUCCCUUGUCCGUCUCCAUUCAUCCAUUCAAGGCGCUAUCAUUGUAAUGCGGAGAUGAAAGCCGUCUAUCGAUGACAUUUAUUUGUCCAUCUUUGUGCAAUUUUCUUCAUAUUUUGAAUAGACUUUUUAAUAUCAAUUUUAAGUUUUCACCAGUCCCACCCAAAUAUAAAGUUCACCUUUUCCCCCUGUGACCUAUUAGAAUUGAGUGCUACCUAGAUUAUCAUUAAUGGAACAUUUUAACUAUACCUCGCAGAGCAGCUUGAAACCAGAAAAAUUCAAUAUAUAAAAUAUUAUACCAUUUUUUUUGUCAUUCCCAGUUUAAAUAUUAAAGGAACAGUCAAGUACAAUUUUGUUGAUGCUUAAAUCAAACUAAUUAGAAUUAUGGCUUAUCUGCAUUGUGAUAUAAUGUUUCUGAGAAAGACGCAAUGUUUUCCUUUAUUUACUGAUUUUGAAAUUAGGGCGUCCGGAAGCUGGCACAUUAGCAUUCCAGUCCUGUUUUUAUGAGAGAUGUUGCAUAAUGCUUGGCUGCAAGCACCACAGGUAGGAGAUGGCAAGCUUAGGACAAUAGCUCAGAAGAAGAGAAGCACCAGAUAAUCAGAAACACGCCAGAGGUCAGCGCAGAAGGUAACACGCGAUAUCUCAGAACAGGCCAAAUUCUGACUAAAAGAAAGGAAAAGAAGGCUACAUGCAUUGCAUGAGGCUUUUAGAGCACAUAUUGCUGUAUCAUGUUAGUGAAAAAAUACUGAUUAACUGGCGCAUGUUCACACGGACAGAUGUAGCACGUGUUAAAAGCUUAUUUGAUAGGAGCGAUGUCUUCAUUCAUAUCUGCAUCGAAUAUUACUUUCGUUACAGCGAAGGGAUAGACAGAAGGAUCAUCGACAUGCAUGCAUUACUCAGACUGUAUAGCAAUUUGUUUUGUUUGUUUAUUUUUCAUUCUAUCUGAAUUUUUUUUUUCUAUUUUAAUUUUUUUUAAUUAAAGGACCACUAUAGGCACCCAGACCACUUCAGCUUAAUGAAGUGGUCUGGGUGCCUGGUCCAGCUAGGGUUAACCCUUUUUUUAUUUUUUUAUUUUUUAUAAACAUGGCAGUUUCAGAAAAAAUAUAAAUAGGUUAAUCCAGCCUCUAAAGCCUCUAGUGAGCCGCUAGAGGCGUUUGCGUGCUUCUCACUGUGAAAAUCACAGUGAGAAGACACAAGUGUCCAUAGGAAAGCAUUAUGAAUGCUUACCUAUGAGACUGGCUGAAUGGCCGCGCUGCUCCUGCCGCGCGUGCGCAUUCAGCAAAGGAGGCGGAGAGGAGGAGGAGAGCUCCCUGCCUGGCGCUGGAGAAAGAGGUAAGUUUAACCCCUUCCUCUCCCCAGAGCCCAGCGGGAGGGGGACCCUGAGGGUGGGGGCACCCUCAGGGCACUAUAGUGCCAGGAAAAAAAGUAUGUUUUCCUGGCACUAUAGUGGUCCUUUAAUGCCAAAAAAAAUGAAAACAGGCAGUACGUCACAUUUUAAACAUUAUCCAUCAAUAAAAUCCCUUUCCUUCAAGCCACUUGCAGUAACAGCCUUUAUAUUAUUCAUCAUUAUAAGCAUUCAUAUUAAAACAUUCCCAUGUUGCCUUAAUAAUACAUUAGUUUAGUAAAUACAUACCAUUCAACUCCUAGUUGUGCUGAUCAUAUUAUUAGAUUAUAAUGAACUAACUUACAGUUGUGAUGUACUACUUUAUUAAUCCGUUGCGUUAUUAGUUUAUAGUUUCCUUAACUAAAUAUAGGGAUAAAAAUACAAAAAAAAAAAUACAAAAAAGGGAAAAAAAAAAAGAAAAGAAAAACCCUGGUUGUUCUCCACGUUACCUAUUUACAUACCAGUCUACUCUUUACUGUCCCUAACCACCUUGUAUAAAGCAUACUCCAGUCAGAAAUCUUACUUUACCUGGGUAUGUUUAACUAUAUUCCAAGGGGAUUCUUCCCCUUUUAAGUUAUACCAAGCUUCUAGCUCACCCUUAUGUGUCGAGUUUUUAGCCCCAGCUACAGCUUCUAUCGGACCUCAUUUUCUAAUUUCUCACCACUUCCUUGUUUUAAAGCUAGAGCACCUGAUUAAGCAUCCAGCUGUGCCAUUCUUUUUUUAUAUUUGUCAAGGCAUCCAUUAACGUCACUGGCCAUCUUUUCAUAUGCGCUAAUCUUGUUCAGCUUGGUAUGUAUUACUUCAUCUGAUGGAAUAACUUUCUUCUUCCAAUUACUUGCUAAAGCGAUUUUUGCUACCGUAAGAAUAUUUAAAAUCACUUUUCUAUGGGGAUGAAUAUUAAUUCCUGGAAUAAUGUGGCAUACAAAUUUCUCCGCAUGCAAGGGGAUAGCAAGCUUUGUCUUGUCGUAAAUCAAAUUCUCAAUUCAUUUCCAAAACUCUCUUAAAUAGAGACAGUCACAAAAAAUAUGCACCAUAGACAAAAUAAAUUCUGGCUUAGAUAAGGUAUUUACAUCAAUAUAUGGAUUGUCCAAAAUAUGUGCCUUUAUUAUAUUCUUGAUCCUUAAAUACGCAAACAGAUCUUUAGCUUCCAGAUCUAAUUCUUUUUGAAGAUCAGGAAAUAGCUUUACUUGUGGCCCAUUCAUUAAAUUGCCUAUUUGUUUUACCCCUUUCUCUUGCCAUCUCCUCAUCUGAAGGUCCAAAGAAAGGGCCGCUAAUGCCGUUAUUGGUGCAGCUCUAAACAUCAGACUUAAAUUUAUUACAUAUGGACACCAUUCUUUCCAUAAUCUUAACAAGAGUUUUGUGCUUUGUAACAUAGAUUUUAAAGGAAACUAGGGAACCGAACAUGUCCAUAGAUAAUAUAUUAUGUUAUUUGCAUCUAAACAUGCAUUUUCAAGUGUUAACCAAAUUGGGUAUUGAGAGGUUUUCCUAAAUCUCAGUAAUCUAAUCCCUUCUGCUAGGAAGGUUGCCCUAUAAUAUGUUUUAAUGUCUGGCAUCCCCAGACCACCUUUAACGUAUGAAAGACCUGAGCUCCCUCGUGCCACUCUAGGGGGUUUCCUCUUCCAAAUAUGAGCAUUUAUGGUACUCUGAAGUUGCUUAAGUAAUUUGUUGGAGAGUGCUAUAGGUAAUGUUCUAAAAAUAUAUAAUAUAUGAGGUAAUAUCAUUUUAAUGAGAUUUAUACGGCCCAACCAUGAAAUCUCCAAACCUUCCUAUUUUGCCAUUGUGUUUUUAAUUUGCUAAAGCAUUGGAUAAUGAUUUACUUUAGUUAAUGUUUUGGUUGCUUUAGUGAGUUUAACUCCCAGAUAUUUUAUAAAUGAAGUGUGCCAAUCAAAAUUAUAUUGUGACUUCAAUUUAUCUAUCAGAGUUUGUUGUAAUUUAAUAGGUAGCACUUGUGUUUUAGUUACAUUAUUUUUAAAAUACGAUACCUGCCCAUACUCUAUUAGCAGCUUAAUCAGUGAUAGUAGGGAGAGCUCCGGAUCUUUAAUAAAGAGCAGAAUAUCGUCCGCAAACAGCGCCAUUUUUAAAAUGGCCCCUGGUGUACUCAGGCCUUUUAUACUAGUGUUGUGUUUAAUAAUUCUUACUACGGGUUCCAUACAUAUGAUGAAAAUGAGGGGCGAAAGGGGACAGCCAUGGCGAGAACCAUUACAUAUUCUUAUUAGAAAAAAAGCCAGCUUUAAACACUUUUGCGGACGGAUUUUGAUAUAAUGCUAAUAUGCUGGCUCGAAAAGCCAAUGGAAAACCCAUUUUAGUAAGCAUAAGAGACAUAUACCCCCAAUGCAGGCGAUCAAAGGCUUUUUCAGAAUCUAAUGCUAAAAUUAAUCCUUGUUGUGAUGAAGUGUUUGCCCAUUCCACCAGAUUCACAAAAUGUCUAGUGUUAUCCCCUAUCUGUCUCCUAGGUAUAAACCCUGCUUGCUUCUCCGAGAUAAGGUCUGGAAGGAGGUAUUUAAGUCGUGAAGCUAUUAAUUUAGCAUAAAGCUUAAUAUCCGUAUUAAGUAGGGAUAUCGGUCUCAAAUUUUCACUCUGUGUGGGUGAAUUAUUAGGUUUAGGUAAAGCCACAAUAUGUGUUUCCAGCAUGUCUUGGGGAAUGGCACCAGUAUCUUUUAUAUAGUUAAAAAGUUUAGUAAGGAUUGGGGUCAAUUGUUUUUCUAAUUUUAUGCAGUAAUAAUUUGAGAACCCGUCAGGCCCGGGAGCCUUAUUCUUAGAAAGGGAGUUUAUUGCUAUUUCUACCUCUUCUUCCUCCAAUGAUUUUUCGAGGAAGGAACAUUGAGAUGGUGUUAACCUAGGUAGAGGGACCCUCUCUAGAAAGGUCUGUAUCUCCUCCUCAGAUGGUUGGUGUGUAUUAGUAUCUUUCUCUAAUUGAUAAAGCGUUGAAUAGUAAAUUGCCAAUUCAUUUGCUAAAUCCUGGGGAUUAUAUAAUUUAUCACCCCUUUUAGAAACUAUGUAAGGGAUUUUAGCUCGUAAUUUUUUUUGUUUAACUUUACCAGCUAAAAGUCUGCCAGCUCUAUUUCCCAUGACAUAAUGUGAUUGAUUUAAUAGUCUCAUAUGUUUCGCUGUUUCUGAAAGUUGUAAAUCAUGUAAGGCUGACCGAAUCAUCAUCAAUUGUGAAUGUGAACGUGAGGUAGGAACAGCUUUAUGUGUUGUCUACACCUUGGUCAACUCCUGUUCUAAUUUACUCAUUUCCUGUAAACGUAAUCUCUUUACCCGUGCUCCUUGCUGUAUUAACAUACCUCUUUUGACUGCCUUAUGGGCUAGCCAUUGGGUAAUAGCAUUAGUCUGGCAUUUAGCAUGAUUUUUAGAAAACAUCUCCACCUGAGAUUGCAGCUUUGAGAGGUAUUCGUUGGCAUCUAAUAAGCUGUCAUUUAAACGCCAUGCACUUUUCCCCCUUACCGAAAAUGGCACCCUUAUCUUAAUGCUUAAAGGCGCGUGGUCUGACCACGUUAUUGGGCCUAUUUGUGCGCUGAUUGCGAAGGGCAGGGUUUUAAUGUCCAACAGACAUAGAUCUAUUCUAGUAAAAGUCUUAUGUAUUGUUGAGUAAUAAGUAAAAUCUCUCUCACUAGGGUAGAGAUUGUGCCAUAGAUCAUAAUAGUCAAAUUCAUGCAGUAAAGUCUUCAAAUAUUGACCGAGGUGGACCGAUAGCUGUUUCAGUGGUUUAUCCUCUAUUCUUUUCAUAUCAAGAGAAGGGUCUGGGACACAGUUAAAAUCACCGCAAAUAAAUAUAUGUCCUGCCUUAUAUAGUUCUAUCUUUCGAAACGCCAUAGUGAGAAAUGAUUUUUGCGCAUCAUUUGGUGCAUACAAUGACACUAUAGUUACUGAUAGUCCAUUUAAUAAUCCAACCAAAAUCAGCAAUCUUAUAUAUCUUUGUAUUUUCAUGAAUUGUUAUAUUGCCUGCAAACUUUGAAUCAGUUUUGCUUUUAAGCAACUGCCUCACAGAAUAUCCUGUCUAAGAAUGUAAUUAAACCAAAGGAGAGGAGUAUCUGUUUUUUUUUAAUUAGCCUGUGUUAAGCCUUUAACAGUUUCCUCUUGAGAUGAUAAUUCCAGGCAAAAACAAUUAACCCUGUUUAAUACCGAUUUAUGGCCUGGCCCCGUUAACAAUGUUGGUUCAGUAAACUUUAGGGUGUUGUGGAAAUCACAGAACUUGUCAAUCAAAAUAAUAAAAAACCCAAGAAUAGCUCUGAAAUCCCAGUUGCAAUGUUUGCCAGGUUUAUUUAUAAUGAAAUAGAACUGAUUUAGGAGGCACCCCCUGCAUUUAAGGAGGAAAGGAGCAUUGUCAGAUUUCGGAAAAAAAAAGUUGGAAGAAUGUUGCUAUUGUGUUGUUCAGUAAAAUGUUCGGUAACAAGGUGCUGAGUAACAUUUUUUUUCCUAGUAGAGUACUGCUGGCAGUAGAUCUUGAGGCCAGAUACACCUUUUUCUAUCGUAUCUAGUUAACUUAUGGUAUUAAAUGGGUUUCAGGGUACCUCGUGUUCUUGUUAGAUUUGCUUUGGGUUACAUGUACAUGGUCUGAUAGAAAGGUGUCGUAAGUCUAAUGACACACUAUCUUCUGUUGUAACAUGGUAGCAAUAUUUUCUUACCAUGAUCCUGAUUUACCUCACCCCCUUUUCCUCCUAUUCCUUGUGAAUUACACUUACCCCAGGGUAGGUUCCGUUAUUAUACCAGCUUCAGUUAUGGUUCCCUUUCAGGUAUGAGGCAUGUGCAGAUUGGCUGAGAGCGCAAACCUUUGUGUAUAAGAUAUGUUUUCGUUUUAUACCUGUCAGAUGGCAACACUGGUUAAACUUUAAAGGACCACUAUAGUGCCAGGAAAACAGACUUGUUUUCCUGGCACUAUGGUGCCCUCACACUCAGGGUCCCCCUCCCGCUGUGCCGAGAAGUCACAAUCUAGUGCAUAAUAAAUUAAGAUACAUUUCCCUUGUUUCCUUCUCCAGAAGUCUGGAAAAAUCUGUUUCAGAAUGUAUCAAUGAAUGACCAUUCCGAAAAGUGUUGUUAAAACAGUAUAAAGUCUGAAGGAGUUCCCACCCAGAUCUGUCAUUAAAGUCCAUUCCUGUCUGUAUUAUCAGACUUGUAUAGAGUCUGAAUUCAGAUCACUGCAGACUUACAGAAUCUGGUGCAAAACCCUAGCUUGUUUCUGUGCCUCAAGGCUGCCAAAUGCACAUGUCGAAUCACCUUUCUCUCUCCAGUAAAGAUUUUUUUCCACCCCAGCCAUCUCCAUAAAACUCAUUUAUGAAUCCUUGUGAAACACCCUAGCUUUUCUUCCAGGUAUUCUUAAAUAAAUAAGUACUCCCCGUUUUUCAAGAGUUUGUUUAUUUGCUUUGUUUCACUGUGGAAAUCCGUUCUUAGAUCUCAUUCUACUUCAUUUCUUUUACGUGUUUCGCAGCUUGCAAAUUCCUUUACUCAGGAGAUCUAAUCAUUUUUGCUAAAGGGCACAAGCACCGAGGGCAUUUCAUUAGCAAUAAAAGUUAAAAGCCUUCUGUGCAUCUGAAUAAUUUAAUGAUUUUUAUAAAAAAAAAUAAAAUAGAAAGAAAUAGCCAGCUUUCCAAGGAAGUACUUUACACAAAUGUUUAGUUCAAAGUACUCUAACUCUAUAAAGGUUUAAUUAGUAAUUUACCUAGAUGAAUAUUUUAUUUGAAAGCCUGAGAGUAAAACAUCUGUAUGUUGGACUUCCCCCCACGCUUCUCACUAUUUUAUGAUUUGAAAGUAGUUGUUUUUUUUUCACAAUUUUGAAUUUUUUGGUUUCAUUUUGGGUCACAUAUUUUUCUUUUAUUUACAGGAGUCAGAAGCAAAGGAAGACAAUGAUAUCCUCCUUAUUAAGACAGAUCAGUCAGGACGCUCGUGGCCAGUAAAUGCUCCGGCAAAUCCAAUGGAACCCAAAGGAGGAAGGAAAAAGAGACAAAUGGUAUUAAUUUGUAUUUGUUUACAUUUUUUGUUUUGUUAUUAAUAUUACUUUCUACAUUUUGAUUAGCUUUUGUUGCCUAUUAUUAUUAGCUUUUAUAUUGUGCCAACAUAUUCCGCUGCACUUUAUAAUGAUAGUGAAGAGGUAAAGAAGUCUCUGCUCAAAUGAGCUUACAAUCUAUAAGGAUUUAAGGACAGUUAAUUGCCACGGCUCUAACCAGCCCAUCACCUGUUAUGUUGCUUUUUCAGUAAAACGAUAUACUUGGAAUAUCCGGAAUUAUUUUAAAACCUGCCAUUUUAUAGGUCAGUGCUGGGAGUUUUUGCCUUUGGCCCCGCUAUCUUCUUUACCUAGCUCUUGGCUAACUUACUGGCCACAUGUUGUCCAGCUUCUCUAUAUUGUACUGUAGAAGACUUCAAUUGAUUGAUUGCCAAUAUCGUGAGAAAUGAUGAUGCUUUACCUUUCACUAGUUAUAAUGGUGGUGCAAAUGAUCAAUCGGAGUAUCAAACUGCUCAUCAAUAACGUGUUAUACAGUACAUUAGACUACACAUACUUAGAACAAAUCUAUUCUAGAUUAAACCUGAUAAUUCCGAUUCAGAUUUGAUAAUGAUAUUUAAGAAGAUAGAUCGUUUCUAAAGGUCUUUUUCUCUGUAGCAGUGACUCACCGUAAGGAAGAGUGAUUUGAUUCUGAAAAGACACAACGGUGCAUUACAUUCUAAUACGGAACAGUCACAGUUCUAACAUGUUACGGUAGCAAAGAAUGGCUCAACGCUCUUGCACACACCAAGUAUAAUUCUUGUUGGUCUCUAAAACGUUUACAUAUUUAUAGUGUUCACGGAGACUGCAUAUCAUAUAUACAGUAUCAUUUGAAAACUAUCAGUACUGGCAUCUUAGACCGUUUAUUUUCUAGUUAUCAUAUCUCAAAUUCACAGGGAUCUGACAUCUAAAGCUCUUUCACAAGACCUACCUGGUAAAGUGUGCAGAUGAACACCUGUGCCCUUUAUUAUUUAUUUUUGUGACUACUAAUACCUACCGGCUGCUGUUAAUUACAACAAUCCAAAAUAGAAAAAAAUCGUAAAAGAAAUCCCGUCAUUGCACUGCUGUUGGAGUAAUUUCUUUUGUUAUCAGCAGUAUUUCACAGGCUACGGUAUACCAGAGUAACCUUCAAAAAUUGGUUCACUGGAACUUGAUAAAGUGUCAGGAGUCACGAAACUUGUCGAAUACCGGAUCCUAUGCGAUUGGUAACACAUCAUUGUAUUGUUACAUUGUUUUAUGAUAUUUCAAAAUGCGGAAUAAAGGAACAGCAAUCCUUUUACUUUGCCGAUUUGAAUGUUAAAUACAACAAAAAAAAAAGGAACCCUCCCCUAAAGCGUUAAUUUAGGUUUUUCAAAAGAGGUUUUCUAUUGCAGACUGCAAGGUCCCCUUGAUAAAGUGGAGUGCAGACAUAGGGUGCUGAUUUUGCUGGGCGCAGAAUUCAGUGUGUACUCCGAGAAUGUAGGCUGGGGCAUAUAAAAUAAUCUGUAACAUUCCAAUCGACCACAUGAUAGGCUUUGAUCAUUUUUCCAUUUUGCUUUUUUGGUCUAAAGUCUUUUGAAUUCAUUUAGAUUAGUGGAUAGUCCUGCGGUUGUUAUGUAUUUGACAAAGUACAUAUAGAAUACAAAGCAAUAUGUGAUCUUAUCUUUGCAUCAGUCGUUCCAGAUUAUUGCUACGUAUCCAGCUUCAAAUAUUCCAAAAAACAAACAAACAAGUAAACACUGCCAACUGUAAUUAUCUUUAUAAACAAAAUUAAAAAUGCUAAUCUCAUUGUAAAGGGGUAGUAAAGGGGUAGUAUAAUGUUUAACAGCAUGAAACCCCCUUAAUGUAUGUGUUUGUGUUUAAGGUUUAGUGGAAUAAACCCCACAAGAGAGAGCUGUGUUAGAGAGAGAGCGUAUCACGCUCUAUAAUCAUCGGGAAAUUUUAAUUUUCUAAUAUAAAUAGAAAUGUGUAAUAGAGUAAUCCUUUAUGUUAGCCCACAGGGGCUUACAAUUAUUACCCUUACGGUUCAGAUAUUAAAUAAACAAUUAAGUGGAUGAGAUGGAGCUUUUGGAAAUGGUCUCUUGCUACUGUUGCUCAUUAAAGAGUAAUGCCUGUUUUGAGACAUAGUUAAAGUUUUAUUCUUAACUUUUCUUCAUACACAUAAAAACAUAGAAUGUGACGGCAGAUAAGACAAAACAAUAUUACAUGUUUUGUCAUAUUGUUUAGCUCACUGAAGUGGUCUAGGUGCAGUGCCCCUGUCCCCUUAACCAUGCAGUGUUAAUUAUUGCAAUUUCCGACAAACUGCAAACAUUACGGUACAUUGCAGGGUUAAGACUGUCUUUGGUGGCUGUCACUCAGACCGCCACUAGAGGCACUUCCUCAUUGCUAGGCGACUUUUGGCUGCCUAACUGAUGCUGGAUGUCCUUAUGCUCUUCAUGAGAACAUCCAGCAUCUGUAAAAUUCCUUUGGGGAAGACCUAAUGUGCUUGCAACGCUCCCUGUGCAUGCGCAUUAACGAUUCCCCAUCGGGUGGCGUCGAAGAGGGCAGAGCGCUGUCACAUUGGCGAGGGUGGUUGGCCCUGGAAUCAGAUAAGUAUAGUAAGAGUUUAUUAACCCUUACAAUGCCUGAGGGGCGCGGGAGGUGAGGGCCAGAUGGAUGUACAGUAUAUGUGGCGGACGCCAACCCAGCGCUAAGGGAGAUCGACGCAGGAUUCAGUAAGUAUAGUAAGGGUUUAUUAACCAUUACAAUGACGGAAUGCAGAUUUGUAUUCCUAGCACUAUAGUAUCCCUUUAACUCUUUGUUAGUAACCUCAAUGACCAUUUUUGACCAUUCAUAAUAAAUUUGUAGAAUAAAUUAGGGAGGCCCUGCUCAAAUGAACUUACAAACAUUACACUUGCAGCAUAGUUAGAUUGAUAGAUAUCAUUAUAUGUCUUGCCCACGGUGAUCUGGCCAGGAUUGGAACCUGGUUUUUAGUAGCACACUCCUGAUGAUCUUGAGUAACAGGUGAAACGCAGAGGGGGUACUACUCUUCUAGUCUAGUUUUUCAUCUUUGAGUUGUUAAACUUUUGUACAAUAGUCAAGAGUGGAGAGGAGACCUCUACUGGUGUAAAAAUGUUACUACAUUUUAAAGGAGUUUAAUAGAAAUUAUUUGUCCGGUCUAUUUCCUUGUUUUUAGUGGAAGUAAACAUUGGACUUAUCACUUAUUCUGUUCUAUUUUGAAUUACUUGAACUUGUUAAUGGUCCGAUAGGGCUUCUUUACUAUUAUCUUAUUGAACUAUUGAAAGUUUACUUUUUAUUGUAAUACAAUCAUAACAUUGAAGGAACACUAUAGUCACCUAAAUUACUUUAGCUAAAUAAAGCAGUUUUAGUGUAUAGAUCAUUCCCCUGCAAUUUCACUGCUCAAUUCACUGUCAUUUAGGAGUUAAAUCACUUUGUUUCUGUUUAUGCAGCCCUAGCCACACCUCCCCUGGCUAUGAUUGACAGAGCCUGCAUGAAAAAAAAACUGGUUUCACUUUCAAACAGAUGUAAUUUACCUUAAAUAAUUGUAUCUCAAUCUCUAAAUUGAACUUUAAUCACAUACAGGAGGCUCUUGCAGGGUCUAGCAAGCUAUUAACAUAGCAGGGGAUAAGAAAAUCUUAAUUAAACAGAACUUGCAAUAAUGAAAGCCUAAAUAGGGCUCUCUUUACAGGAAGUGUUUAUGGAAGGCUGUGCAAGUCACAUGCAGGGAGGUGUGACUAGGGUUCAUAAACAAGGGGAUUUAACUCCUAAAUGGCAGGGGAUUGAGCAGUGAGGCUGCAGGGGCAUGUUCUAUACACCAAAACUGCUUCAUUAAGCUAAAGUUGUUCAGGUGACUAUAGUGUCCCUUUAAUGAUUUAGGAAGGUCUAAAACCCUUUGGCCUAAUGGUGUAAACUAUGUAGGUCUCUUUUUGUCUUUUAAGUUAUUUCUGGUUUUCAGUGACAUAACCAUUGUUUAGAAAUAUUAUAGGCCAGCAGAAUUGCAGAUAGUUAAACACAUGUCCAUGUAGAGUGUGGAGACUCCAAAUGUCAGCGCAGCUCAUUGUGCUCAUGUUUCAAGUGCCUGCAUUUUCUUUAAAACAACAUGUGCAGGAUUCAGAAUGAAUUCCCAACUAAACCGUGAAAUUAUGUUUCUAACACAUUUUAGAGCUCUUCGAAGCUUAUUCAAUAAGCUAUGGCUUGUUUUACACAGAAAGAUUUUAAAGUACUAAAAUAAAAAAUAUUUGUGAAGCCAAAAUACACUAACUAAUACUAAUGUAUUGGUGCCUGGAAUGUCGCUUUAAAUUUUCAAAUAUGCCAGUGGCUUAGUAGAGAUCAUAACACAACUGCAGAACUAAGAAGCAAGCUAUAGGAAACUGUAACAUUUAAUUAACUUAUUUUUCCCACUUGACAAGGACAAAAUGUAGGUUAAAUUGGGUGUAUUGUCUGCAGAACUCUUUGUUAUGCAGAUCUGGUUUCAUUUUCAACCCGAUCUCCUGCUCUGUAAAUUGAACUUUAAUCACCCACAGGGGGCUCCUGCAGGGUCUUGAAAGCUAGUAACAGUGCAGGAAAUCAAUAAUACUAAAUUAACCCCUUUAAGGACACAUGACAUGUGUGACAUGUCAUGAUUCCCUUUUAGUCCAGAAGUUUGGUCAUUAAGGGGUUAAACAGACUGUGCAAUAAAGGAAGUUUAAACAUUAGAGCUUUCUUUACAUGAAGUAUUAAGGAAAGCUGUGCAAGUCGCAUGCAGGGAGGUGUGAAUCAGGCUUUGUAAAUAAUGGAAUUUAAUUCUUAUAUGGCAGAGAAUGGAGCAGUGAGACUGCAAGGACAUGAGCCAUACACCACAAACUGCUUCAUUAUGCUAAAGUUGUUUAGGUGCCUAUAGUGUUCGUGUAUUAAAUGCUGACAUUUUCUUGAAGUCAAAUACCGAUAUUUAAAAUGUGGUUUAUCAUUGUUACUUUGUUAUUGCCUUGUGUAAGCUUCUUACCACAAUAAAACACAGAUUGCAAAAAAAAAAAAAAGAUAAUUUUACUAGGUUUAAGGCACACAGAUAGUACUAUAACCGGAUUUGAGGAAGGUGACAAUACAAAAACUUAAUAGAACGCCAACACAACAUUUAGAGGACGAUAUUAUGUUUAAAUAAUACAUAUUAACUUACAAAUUCUUUUUACACUUGUGUGUUCGUUAAAAGGUUUAAACUAUGCAAUAUUUUUUUUUUAUUAUUCAUUUUUCUCAUUUCACAUUCAAUAAUAACAGUUGUGAGUGUCUACAAACGGCAUGAAUUGAUGCAGCAUGAAGUCAUGAGUAACUUAUACAUUCAGUAGUACUGGAGUAAUCAGUGGUGUCAAGUGCCUUAGUAGGUAUGUGAGAUGAGGGUUUUAGUUUUUGUAGAGUGACUGUCUGAGCUUUCUAAGAGUAGAAACACCAUUGGGUUUAGCGAUUAGUAUGUAGGUGAGUGUUAACUGCGCCCAUGGUGGGGAUGUCCUUCCCCAAGAGAGCCAGGAGGUAUCGGAUCCACAAGUAGUGGGGAAUGAUGAGGGAAGAUUAACCGUAUAACAGGGGCUUCUACCAGGCCAUACCCCCAUACACUAUUUGGUUUGUGUGUACUACAGGGUGGCAAUGCCCCGCAUCUCUCUUUAGCGGGAGAUGGGAAAAUAAGUAGACCAAUCAAAAAAAAACAAAAUGAGCGUAGAGGAGAGAAAACAACAAGAAAAUUAUAUUAACUUUUCAACGGUGGUGCUGGUUAAGUCCCUGGUUUCAUGUGGGAUCUUGACAGAGAAAGACCUCGGCUCCCCACCAUGCUGUGGCGCCGGUGGGCAAGGUGUGUCAUGGCGACCCCGGCUGGAAUUCCAGAACUCCAUCUAUGUCAAUAGUGCGCAGGCUCUGCCUCGGUGUGUGGUGGGUCGAGACCCAGCUUCUUGAGAAGGUCUUCCAGCUCUUGUCCAGGUUCCCGGCUAGGCUCCGCCCCUUAAAGUAUGCAAUUUUUAAACCAUUACAUAGAGCAUGCCCUAAAAAUAACAAAAAAGUAUGUGAAAAAUGAAAAAGUCAUAAACAUAACUCUAGCAAUAAAAAAAUAUAUACAAUAAUGGCACAUAUUCAUAAGAUAUGCUCCUAUAACAGUGAUGGCUAACCUUGACACCAUAAAUUGUUUCUGGACUACAUUUCCCAUGAUGCUCAGCUAGCUUUUAGAGUCUAGAGUCUAAAAGCUAUCUGAGCAUCACGGGAAAUGUAGUCCUGAAACAAUUUAUGGUGUCAUGGUUAGCCAUCACUGUCCUAUAAAAUACAUAUUGAUAGGUAAAGCUUUAUGCACUGAACCUCUUCAGUAAAAGGCCAAUGUUUAUAGUUAACAUUUACUUAAAUAAUAAAAGUAAUAAAACUGAAGACAAGAGAAUGUUACCACAGAUCUUACAUAGCAGUACAGCGUAUGUGCAUAUGUAAGCCCAAAUUCCAUUUACCCAGUGACAAACAAUGGUACCCGUGACAAACUCCCAAUGCUCUUAAUUUUUUUCCAACCAAAGAACAAAUAAGGUGAACAGAAACAAGAGAUCCCUGCCUAUAACAAUGGCAUGAAAAUACAAGAGGUAAAAAAAAAAAAUGUGCAGAAGGGACAAACAUACGUACAAAUUAUGAUAUCUAUAGGAAAGGUGAGUUAUUGAAAACACUCAUCGGAGAAAGAGGAAUUGGACACAAGAAUGAUUUCCUGAAGAAAUGAGUAGUUAAGGACUGGUUAGGAUUGUCGAAUAGGAGAGUCUAAUAGAACGAGGUAGUGCAUUCCAUAGGAAUGAUGCUGCCUAUGAGAUAUUCUCUGAGAGAGUUGGUGAUGUCAGUGCAAACAGAAGAUAAGUGACCAUCUAUGAUCAUGAAGAGGUGUACUUGUGACUUAGAGAAGAAAUUGUAUGUGGUAAAGAGGUUGACAAGACCUUUGUAGGUUAAGAUCCAUAUUUUAACUAUAUUGUAUGGUAACAAGCUUGAGCACAAUCUCUGUUCCCAUUGUUUGUGUGUUAGAUGGACUUCAAAAUGUCUUUUUUUUUUUUUUUUUAAAGCUCCAAAAAAAGAACUGCAUUACUUUGUAAUAAAAUAAAUGUGCAACUGAUCGUUGUCUGUGUUUCUUUAUCUGUAUCUUUAGGUUACAACACAUGUUGAUAAGGAGAGGGUUCGAUAUUUCCAUGAUGAUGACAACCAGAGCCUCCAAGAUUUGGUCAAGAGAGAAAAGAUGGGAACAGCUGAAGAUCAGAAUAAGCUGUUUAUGCGAAUGUCUUCCAAGGUAACGUUCUAUAUUCUAGUACUAGUUAAGUAUCCCUCAAUAGUCCAGGAUUAA